AUGGCAGCCUUCUGUGAGGAGUUCGCGCUGUGCCCUUUGGCGGGAGCCGGGGUCCCCUCUCAGGGGCCGCUAGGCCUGGAGCAGGAUGCGGACCGGGUGCUGCUCACGGACCGAGGCCGGACGGUGACGCUGUAUAAGGUAACGACUCCUUGAGGAGAGGAGAAACUGGGGGCGGUGGGGGGGAGGAAGCGAGCCCAUUGCCGCUUUCCCCAUGUUUUGUUUCAAGUCCCUCAGGCACGAUCCCUAGGAAUAGUCGCAAAAGAGGGGGGCCUAGUGGCGAGGACCCGCUGCGCACCCGGUCAUUUCUUUUGCGCGCAGAAGGUCCCCCGGGUUCGAGUCCCCGGCAUCCCCCGCAGUAUUGGAUGGCAGGAACGAUGGCAAAAGCGAGGACAACCUUCCUGCAGUUUCGCCUUCACCCCCAAAGGCGCCCUCUUCCCUUGUUCCCCAGGACAGACGGAUAUUAACAAGAUGACAGAGGAAAAGACUUGGGUCUCUUUCUGCAAUCCGUAGAAUUCUCUCUCAAGAAAAUCACAUUUUGCUAUGGCUCCGUGUAUUUAAAAGAGCUGAACUCCCACAAGCACAUGCCCUACAGCAGGCAUAGGCAAACUCGGCCCUCCAGAUGUUUUGGGACUACAACUCCCAUCAUCCCUGACCACUGGUCCUGUUAGCUAGGGGUGAUGGGAGUUGUAGUCCCAAAACAUCUGGAAGGCCAAGUUUGCCUACGCCUGACCUACAGUUUUAUAAACAAUUACAGUAUAGGAAAAGAUCCAUCCUUAUACAGUAGUACCUCGGGUUAAGUACUUAAUUUGUUCCGGAGGUCCGUUCUUAACCUGAAACUGUUCUUAACCUGAAGCACAACUUUAGCUAAUGCCGCCGGAGCACGAUUUCUGUUCUCAUCCUGAAGCAAAGUUCUUAACCUGAAGCACUAUUUCUGGGUUAACGGAGUCUGUAACCUGAAGCGUAUCACUGUACAGCAGGGUUCUUGCAACUAUGAUUUAUAGGGGUUCUCCCAAGCUGGUGUGUGCACUCCUCCUUAUGUUUGUAUGCACUUUCUCUCAGUUUGAGAAAGUGCAUACAAGCAUAUGGAGGAGUGUGCACACCAGCUUGGGAGAACUACCAUAAAUCAUAAUUGCAAAAAGCACCGUGCUGUAUAGCUCUGUAGAAGGAUUUAUCUUUUUCUAUAAUGGUUUAUAAAACUAUAGGGCAUGUGCUUGUGGGGUUUCAGCUCUUUUAAAUACACAGAGCAAUAGCAAAUUGAGAUUUUAUUGUGUGCAUCUUAAUUACUUAUGCUAAGGAUUUAGUGUCUUAACAGUUGAUAAAUUGGACUUUUUUUAGGUUUCAGAUCAAAAACCACUGGGUUGCUGGUCAGUCAAACAAGGUCAAACAAUUACAUGUCCUGCUGUGUGCAAUGCUGAAACAGGAGAGUUCAUUAUUGUCCAUGAUGAUAAGGUAUGAUUUCUUAUUAAGGCAAGCAUUUGACUAGGGUUACUUGGGAAACUGUUACAUUUGGUAUAGUUUUAUUGAAGCCAUGGUGGUCUUUUAAAAAACUUCUUUUAUAGAAGUUGUAGUAGGCAAAACAAUUCAUGUUUAAUCAGUCUGUUUUGAAACUGCAUGCUAGUGUGGAUGAAAACUUGUUCGUAUUUUGAGUGUACAAUAACUGAUUUCUGAUAGGGAACUGAGCCUCACAAAGACUGCUAUCCUAAAAAUACUUCGGUCAAAAUCAGUAGGAUUUAUUUCCAUAGAAACAAAAAUGCAUUAAAUGUACAUAGCAGAAGCCAAUGGGAUUUUGUAGGUUUACAUUUGCAAAUUCUGCACAUAUCAAGAGACUGUUGGGUCUGUCAUAGUUGUCCUCUCUGCAGCAUUCACACACAUACCUGAGUGCACACUCAUCUAUUUUGGAAAUCCUGGUUGUGUGUAUAUUACAGACCGUAAAAACUAGUGUAUCUUAAAUAUCCUAACCUGAAUUGCUUGUGUCUAGUCGAGCUUUGAGGUUAUACUUUGCAAAUAGAUAUUACGCCUUUUUAAAAUGAUGGUUUUUUCAAAAGGUUUUACAGAUAUGGAAGGAAGAUGACAGUAACUUGGAUAAAGCCUUUAAAGCAACAGUAAGUGCUGAUAACUUGUAAUAAAGUUGUUUUAGAGCAUGGUAAUUACCUUGUGCAAUCAGUUGAUGGCAUGAGUUCUCUAUAUGUUAACAUCAGCCUUGCAAAUUAUGGGUUGGCUCCAGAAAGGUUCUUCUGCAAACCAAAGUGUUCCUUCCCUAUCUGUGAUCUAGCAGGGGUACCAAGUGGAGCAAGGAAGGAGAUUUUCACUGAUAAGCACCUCUGGACAAGCUGUUCCGCAGGUUCAGGAGAGAACCUGGAACGGCAUGGCAGAUGAUGUUGGGGCUGCAGGUGAAUAUUGUUGCCUCUUAUUGUAGGAAAAUGCCCUGUGAGCAGAACUCUGCCCAUCUGAAGUCUGGAUUGCACUGAAAAAUAAAAUAAUUGUGUCUUUCUAGAACACUAUAUUUCACCUGUCCUUUCUCCUUCCCGCCUUAGUACGAUAGAGGACCUUUUGCAAAUUGUUGAAACAGUCCUUCCACCUAGGGCUAAUAACUACUAUUGCACAGUAGAAGCUAUGCAGUAACUUUAGUUAGCAUCUGUGCUUUCAGUAUCUAGACUUGGAUUUUUGUGAAUCAUCAAAAUACUCAACUGAGUAAUGACCUUUUGGGGUAUUCUUUUCUCUUUGGGCAUAACCAAUUUUGCUUUGCUGAAAGAGUUAUAUUUCAGUGUCAGUCAGAAUAGUAAUGCAGAUGCUGUCACUGAGUUGCUGCAGAAUUUUCUAGCUGUUACAAUUGUUUUUACUGUACUGUGCCCUUCUUCAAAGGUGUAAAUAGCAAAUGACAAGAGUCCAGAUUCAACUAACUCAGCACCCUUGUGGAAGCUAGCACAAGAGUUUCUGCUAGCACAGUGGACCUACCCUACUCCAAUUCUUCUCCCAUAUCUGCUGUGAAUUGUCAGGAAAACCCCAGACAAGCAUACCUACUAAUAUUUAGAUCUGUAAUUCAGUUGCAACUCAUUCCAUUGCUCAUACCAGUACCUGGAGCAAUCAAUUUUUUGAGGCCAGCCAGAGUGAAUAUAAUUUUUUGCUGAACAUUGCAAUAUUUAUUAACAUUUACCAUACUUUACCGUGCAUAAGACUAGCUUCCCCCCCUUAAAAAUCAUGCUAAAAAGUGGGUGUCAUCUUAUAUAUGGGUAGUGCAUAAGGUGGACGUUUGAUUGGUUGCUGCUGCGGCUGUCAGCAACUAUUGUGCGUGUUAUUGGUUGCUGUGUCAAUGGGUGGUGUUGAUUGGCUGCUGCUGCAAUUGGGUGGGCAAUUGGCAGCUUCACCUGGUGAGGGGACAGACGGGAGGCAGAAUAUUCUAUGUGUGUGGGUGAGAAUUUUUCGGCAUUUCCCCUAAAACAACCCUGUGCAAUCCUCCUUCCCAUUUUCUGUAAUUUCAGUCCCCAAAAAUAGGAGGCGUCUUAUAGACGGGAAAGUAUGGUAUUACAAAGAUACCUGCACUUUUGUUACCGUUUAUAUUGCACAUUUAAAUUCAAGACUAAAGUUAAGAGUUUAUUUUGCAGUUGUCAGCAGAUGUGUAUCGGAUACAUUCUCUGCCUAAUACCGAACCCCUGGUCCUGUUCAAAGGCGGUGCUGUCAAGAGUUUAGAUGCUUUACUCACAGCCCCUCAGCAAGAAAUUGAAAGCAUUGUUUCAGAUGAAGUUAUUAGGUGAGUGCCACAGUUAAGCUUUCCAAUUCAAAAAUUAAGCUAUAGAUUUGGUGCUGGGUCUCUCUAAAUCCCUUAACCUCACUCUGGUACCAGAGCUACCCAUCACCUUGUUUCUUUGUAAUGUCUUAUUCAGUUCAUUCUUCCUGCAGGUGAACAAUUAAAGUUUCUUAAGUAGGCUUGGGAACUAAGGAAUACGGUGGAUAAAGGCUCUCUAUUUAUUCCUCAAAAAUGAGAUAGUGCAAAGCAUGAUGGAUAACUUCAUACAUUCAAAUUUGCAUCAUACUUUACACUCAUAGUUGUGUUGUAUUGGCUGUGAACCUUAUUUCAAAUAAUAACCAUGUUAGCAUGCAAUGCUAGACCAAACCAUGGCUUAGCAUGAAUGUACGGAUUGCGAGGGAGAUGUUCACACCUGCUUUGCUCCUCCCUGGUUCUUAUAAGCUCUCUCUGGUGCAGAAGCUAUGCUUGGGUUAGUGUGCUGUCUGAACCCAGGAUUGUGGUUAAGCUCUCUCUUCGAUAACAAGCUGUAGCCAAUUUUUGAUCUUGGCUACAGAUGGUGAUUUAAGGAGAAGAGAGCUCAACCACAAUCCUUGGUUUCACUUAGAUGCCACAUGAGACCUAAAUAAGCCACAGAGAAGCAGAAGCAUAUUUGCAUGGUCCUAGUAAGUAAUAGUUUGGCUUACCGUAGUGUGCAAAAUAGGCCAUUGUAUUAAGUAUUCUUUGUGGCCAUGUUUUUAGUUUUGAUUGCCCUGCAAUAAUAAUAUAACUUAUUUUUAGAUGGAGUGAUGCCUUCUUGGACAUUGGACAUCCUGUUCUUAUAUUUAUUACUGAGCAGGUAAGUGAUAAAUACUGUAAGGUUUUAAAGUAGAGAUGCAACAACGUAAAAGUACAUUUCCGUGUUUAAGUCACAGGUGUGGCUUUUGGUUACUAUCUUCUUUGUUGAUGCAGAAUCAGUCUUAACACUUGAAUAAGAAUCCUCUACUGCAGGGGGCUACUUACAUGCUUUAAUUUGGGUACCUCUGUCUCCUCAACAAAGGUGUUCUAACAGAUAUUUCCAACCUUGGAAACUGAAAUGUAAAUAUUUAGAUUUAUUUUCCAUGAUAAGCAUUUUAAAGUUAUUUACGUUGAACGAGCUUGUAGUAGCAAUGGUCACAAAUCCUUAAAUUUGUGCAUUGUGCAUAUGUACUCCACAGAAAUAAUAAUAAUAAAAACAUACAGUAACUGAUGGAAGGAUUGCUCAGGCCUACUAAGAAUUAAGUCUCUUCAUAUGAUCCAGUAUGGAAAUGUUAGUAUGCAGUAGAAGAUUAAUGCAAAUGCAACGCUUCUGUAGUGCAGUGGUGCUGUUUUUAUUUGCAGUUCUUGGGAUGGUUUGGACAGGAUGAGCAAUGAAUCAUUCUCAAACUCGGAAAAAACCUUAUUUUAAUUUCAGUAUUGUAGUACAAUAGGUUGUCCAGAAUGAACAACAAGAAACUCCUAUUUCCUUGUGCUUUAGAAAGUCCUGCUUUGUAGGGAAUGGGGAAUACUUUCUUAUAAGAGGAAUCCUCCAACUUAAUGGUGCAAGCAUACUAUUGGACAGGCAUUUGUUCACUGUAACUUGCUGGUAUUACACAAUCUUUGCUUUUUCGCUUAAAUCAUAGCUACACAAUGAUUUGUGGGGAAUUGCCAUUGCAAGUGUUUUUGGGGGGCCCAAAUAUCUCUUAGGUGUAUUAUACAGUUAAUUUCUUCUGUCUAGCUGCAAUGUCUUUUUAAUGAAUCUGGUUGUCUGGGAAAUGAAAGAAGGCCACUUUUUUUCUUCAGGAUGGGAAUUGCUUCAUAUAUGUUCAGCAGUGUAAUCCAUGCAUCCUUCAGAAGUUUAAACUGGAACAAGGUGACGAGUCAGCCACACCGCUGGGUUUUGCAGCAUACUUGAAAAACAAAGUUGUCACGUUGCUUUGCUUGUGUAAGUAUUAAGGUAUAUUCUAAUUGUACAGGAGGGGAACCUUGCCUUUAUAAAGCGCAGAAGAGCAAGCACCAUGUUAUUUCCAAUCAGUCUUUUGCAAUUAAAUGUUGCAUAAACAGGCAUAGUAGUUAAUAGUUCUUAACAGUAUAAUUCUAUACUUCUGUGAGGAGCAUAGACAUCUAUGCAUAUUUACAAAUUCAGUAUACUGAGACUGCAUUCAGAUGUAAUGUACAAACAUGAACUCGGGGCCAAAUGCUGCCUCUUCCUAUUAAAUGGGAGGGGGUUAUAAGGUUACAGUAUUUAUGAUAACAUUUUUGCUGUUUUAACCGCUUGCCAGAAUUGCUAAGCCUUUGCACACUUGUAAUUGUCAAACCAUAUUGUGCUGUUGUAUCCGAAUGGGAUUGCUGUGUUAAAGGUCAAAAACUUAAGACCGUUUCUUAGUUUGGGGUACCUAUGCAAUCAUAAAGCCUUUAGUUGAGGAUGGUAUGUAGAAACUGGACAGACUGUAGUCCAUUGAUAACAGAGUAUGUAGCUGAGAACAGAAGUCGCAGGGAAGGAGGCUUCCCCAAACCAUUAAAAUUAUCUGACAGGCAAUGUGCACGCAUUAACUCCUUGGAUGAUUUUUGGCAAUUGUGGCUAGUAUGCAUGGGCUACACAGGACCUCCAUGGAAGCAGCUGACAAAUGGAACCAUUCCAAACCAUGCCUCCUCUUAAGUGAUGCCCUGUCUUUUACGGUGAUGAUUUGUCUAUGUCAACUAAUAUUUAUUAAUUCUUAACUAUUACGUAACUGAAUUCUAUUCUUACAGAUUCCAACGGAUGCGUGUAUAAGGUUCUGGUGCCCCUGCAACAGAGUGGCUCUGAAGAAGUGCAAUUUUUACAAAAGUCUCUUCUGAUCAGACUUCUGGUAUCUGGCAGUAUUUUAAAAAGCACUUCAAUUGCUAUUCUCGAUAAAGAUCAUAUUGCCACAACAGGAUGUUUGGAUUCCCCAGAUGGCCGCGUUAAAGGUAACAUAAAUCGCUUCAAAAUGCAGCAGCUGGACUAAAUCUAUUCUGCUUAAUUUGUUGACUGUAAACAGGAAGGAAACAUCCAAGAAGCACUCUUAAAUAAACAUUAAACAAAUAUUGAGACCUAAAGUCAAGAUUCUGUACAACAGCCUGGUGCCUGCCAGAUACUUACUGAUUGCAACUCCCAUUGGUUGUGCUGCCUGGGAUUAAUAGGAGUUGGAAUCCAACAACAUCUGAAGGGCUAUCAUGCAAUAUAAAAUGUAGAAUAAAAAGCAACAAGUGUCUGGUCUGCAGGCAGCUAAUCUAAAUAUGCAGAUGCGUAAGAAAGAAGAGCAAGGAAAGACAGCAGAGAAAGAUAAACAGGCAACUCCCAAUUUGCAUAGGGGUUGCGUUCCGGGUCAUCACGCGCAUAAGCCCACCCAGUUAGGCCCUCUUCUGGGUCUGAAAAUGGUACAAAUGUUCAUGGAACACGAGCAAAAUGGGAUUUGCCUGUACAGUUGAUUGUUAUUGAUCUGUUAAACCAUACAUGGUAGAGUGAUUAAUUAUACAACUGAAGCUUCACUUUCUCAAAAAUAGAUUUGUUGAACGUAAGAGAUUAGUAAGGACUCUGAUUAUGAAUUGAGACUUACUUCGGCAAUGUUUGACAGGAAGGUUUUGGGUAUGUUAAUUACUUUGUAGGGCACAUUGCCAAAGUUAUCUUACUCAAUUUGCAGGCAGCAUUCAUAACUGAAAGCUUUGCAAAUGGUACUCUUGUUUUUUCUAUUUGUAGAUUGCUUUUCCAUAUGGAAUAUAAAAUUUCAAACAUUGCAGGCUUUAAAGGAAUUACCACGGGGAACCACUGGACAAGUAAGUUGUGAUCAAUCCAUUUUCAUUUUAAUACACUUGUAGCUAGUUUACAAUGGAAAACCUUGAACAGAACGUAUGAAAUAUGAAAAAAAGAAUGCUGAAAAAGGGUAUUAGUCAGAUUUUAAAACAUUCCCUGUUUUUCAGUGCACGUAUUAGAUGUUCUGCAGAGUGCACUGAUCGAUUGGGUGCAUAAGGGGUGCAACAAUCUUUGAAGAGCAUAUAUGUGAAUGCAGUGCAAGCCCAGCUGCUUCAGUGCAUGUGCAAAACUCCUUCAAGAGCCAUUGCCACUUUAUGAAUUAGAGAUUGACCGAUCCAGAUCACUGGAUAUUUCUAAGCUCAUCACAGAUAUUUGAAGGGUGUUGGUUGUGUAAAUUGAUCAGUAAAGGUAAAGCACCACUGACAGUUAAGUCCAGUCGCAGACAGCUCUGGGGUUGCGGUGCUCAUCUCACUUUACUGGCCAAGGGAGCUGGCGUUUGUCUGCAGACAGUUUUUCUGGGUCAUGUGGCCAGCGUGACUAAGCUGCUUCUGGCGCAACAGAACACCGAAACCAGAGCAGUGCAUGGAAAUACCGUUUACCUUCCCGCCAGAGCGGUACCUAUUUAUCUACUUGCAUUUUUUGGCGUGUUUUUGAACUGCUAGGUUGGCAGGAGCUGGGACCGAGCAACGGUUGCGGGGAAUCGAACUGCCGACCUUCUGAUCGGCAAGCCCAAGAGGCUCAGUGGUUUAGACCACAGUGCCACCCGCGUCCCUAAAUUGAUCAGUAGUCUGCAAUUACCGUAUUUUUCGCCCUACAGGAUGCACUUUUCCCCCUCCAAAAAUGAAGGGGAAAUGUGUGUGCAUCCUAUGGGGCGAAUGCGCACCGACCCCUCUUGCUCUCCAGGCUUCAGGAAGCUAUCCGCAAGCCUUGGGAGCCCGGCGGACAGCAAGCUCCGGGAGCGAUGGCGAGGUUGCACAACCUCGCCUUCGCUCCUGGACCUGUUCUGGGGGCUGGGGUUGGGGGAAGCUCGGGCUUCCCCCACCCCCAGCCCCGCAAGCUCCGGGAGUGAUGGCGAGGUUGAACGCAACCUCGCCGUCGCUCCCGGACCCAUUCUAUGGCUCGGGGGGGGGGAUAUAUAUUUUUUCUUUAUCCCCCCCCCCAAAAAAAAUAAGUGCGCCCUAUGGGCUGGUGCACCCUAUAGGGCAAAAAAUACGGUAAUCUUCUACAGAUCUAGCAAUAAUUGAAAAUCUUUGUAAGUGUGCCCCAUUGCUAAGUUAUUGCAGAGCUGCAGGUAUAUAUAGAUGCUACCUUUCAAAAGAAAUUAGAAAGCUCAAAAGAUCUGUAGCAUUUAAGGGAGUGUUUGUGUUGUGAGUAUAUUGCAUUAAUUCACUUUCUACUUGCUAAUUAUUUGUAUUUAAUGUUUUCUAGUGUUGGUGUUACGGAGACAAACUCUUCAUAACACAUGGUAACGAAUUAACAGUAAUAUUGUAUAAGUGUGAAACAUCUUCCUUGGCUGCUGCUGUUGGGAAAGUUAAGGAUACACAAACAUCAGGUAGGGCUUAAUUAUAAAGCUUAUAUUUACAUUCACAUAAUCCUCUUUUGGAAAAGCCUUCAGAAAACUACAUGUUAAAAAUGCCCAUCUUAAGCUGCUUAUCCUAUUAAAAGGCAUUGUACUAAGAUUUUUCAGUUUACAAAUUGGAUUUUAAUAUUCACGAAUACUCUCAUUUGUAUUGUCCAAUUCUCUGUGGAUUUUAGAUGGUAUGCUGAAAAGUGUUUUUGCUUUACCUUAAUUUAUUAUGAUUAAAUUCAAUUAGACAUUCAAUAUGGUAAACUCAUAACAAUAGCUUAUUUUGACAUCCUAACCCACGCAUUACAAAAGCCAAGUUCUUGUCUGGUAUAAUUUUUAUAGAAAUCUUCUUUUGGUUAUUUGUGCAUAACAAUAAUAGGUUUCACUCUUUAAUGUGCUAGUCUAUAUUACUUUUUCCAGAAAUGAAGAUUAUACCUGCAGAUUGGAACAUGCUUCAAGAAGAUGAUCUGAUAGGUGCAAAGCCAGAUCAGCCUGCUAAGUGUGAAUCUAAUAGGCUGGUAUGUUGGUUUCAUAGUCACUAUUCAAUCUUCCUUUUGCUAUAUCCAUUUCACUAUUUAUUAAACUCUUUAGAUAGAUGGAUAAAAUAGCAUUUUCAACAAAAAGGCAUACCAUUUUAAGGAAUCCGUACAAGAUACCAAAAUUCCUUAAGUAUCCUUGGUUUCUGUGCAAUACAGCCAGAACGUUAAUAGGCAAUGCAAAGCAGGGAGUUCCAAUCAUUACAAAAAGAAACUCAGCUGUUGAAUUUAAGGGAAUUGUCCCGCUUUAAAUGAUGAAGUUUAACCUCUCUGAUCUGCAUAAUGGUUACAGUUGAAAUUGGGAAAUGUCAGUCCACUCUUUUGUUUGGUUUUUGGAAGAUUUUCACUUGAAUGCUUGGGGUUUAAUCCAGAUUAAGCUUUUGCAGUUUGAUCUCAUAGUCAUGAAUAACUUUUCACAUCACUUGAUUACAAAUUGAUAUUCUUAAAUGGUUAUCUUGGGUUUUUUUUUGGGGGGGAGCACAAAAUAUUAGUCCUGAAAGCAUUUGCUAAAUUGUACUAGGGGGGAUCAAGCUCUAACAGGGUGCACUAAUCACCUAUUUCCCCCUUCCCUCGGUGACAUAGAAUCCUAGAAUGUAGAGUUGCAAGAGACCAUGAGGGUCAUCUAGUCCAACCCCCUUCAAUGCAGGAAUAUUUUGCCCAACAUUCCUCUAAACUCACUACACUAUUCCAGAGCAUCCUCCAACCCUGUGGAACAGCUUUUCAGGCAGCUCCACAGGAAGAAUCAGCAAAAAAUUCCUCUUCCAUUUUCUUCCUACCCCCCAAUUUUACAAACAUGGUGGUUUGACAGUGGGUCAUCAAGUUGCAUACCUAUCCCUAUUUAUUUUGAUAGAAAAUAUUUUAUUAAAAAAAAUCUGUGGAUUUAUGACUUGAGAAAAAAUAUUCCUAGCUGCCAGCAAACAAAUUGGUAGGCAUGUAUAUCAUACUAAAGUAAAAAAGGAAUUACUUGUACAUGCUUUCCAGAAAAUUAGUUGUAUUGGACCAUUGUACUAAAAAAAAAAAAAAUUCUUACUCAAGUUUGGGUGAACUUCAAGGCAGACUUGCAUAGGAUUGGGAAAUCUAAUUCACUACUGAAACAGGGUGCUCUUUAUUCUGGAUUAGUUAAUCCAGAACAUUUUUUUAUCUCUCCCUCCACCCACUGCUAGAAGGUGACCUUAGACAAAUUGUCCUUUAGAAAUUGCGGCUCUUGGCAGGAACAAAGAUCAUGUGCUAACAUCUGCAUAAUGAAAUAUUUUUCAUAAUCUUGGAUUUCUCUCUACAUCUUCUAAAAAGAUCAAAACUGAUGCUUGCAUAUCUCUUUCCUUUAUUAAAUUAUUAACGUAUUUUGUUCUUAAAACAUUUUUGUUUUGAUGAUCAAAAGAGAAUAUAACUACCAGUGAAUUGAAUCUGCUGGCAGAAUUUUUAAAACUAGUUGUAAUUGGUCCAGGAUACGUGUUACCAUUGGCUGUUCUUUUACUUUAACUGUCAUGGAACUUUAAUUCUCAAAGAAUCUUACUAUGCAUGUUUAAAUACUUGCAGUUGAGGUCAAGAAAGAGCAUGGAUGCAAAAACUCAACUGGAGACUCUGACAAUGGAACAGCUGCUUUUAAUUAUCAAGGUAAAUAUAAUAAUUUAUUAUUUAUACCCCUCCCAUAUGAAAAACACUUAGGAAAGUUGGAGUGGUUGGGUAGAGAACAAGAUAUCUUUUAGUGGCAAUAUUUCUUUCUCUACACAUUGAUGCUUUAACCAGAAAAAAUGGUACCAAGAAAUAUGGUAUACAGAUGCACAAUAUUAAAAAAUAUGUAUACUAACUUCUUAAAAAAGAAUUGGCAAUUUUUUUCCCCAUCAGACUUUUAAAUUGAACUCUGACUUUUAGUUUGAACUUGUUUUAAGUCUUUCCAAAUUGGGUCUCUUGUACACAGCUCAGAUCACUGUGAUUAAGUCAAAUUUAAAAUAUUGGUCCUUCAAGUUUUACGGUAACUGUUGAUUCAUAUUGUGAGAGCAAUUGGACACUUUUGUGGCGUUUUAUCAGUCAAGAAAUUACUUUGCAAAGCUAGAAUCCCACUGAAAUAUAGAGCUGUAUUUACAAAGUAGAAUGGGAGAUUUUACAUAAAAUUUAUUCUAACAGAGCUUGCAUUUAGGGGCGGAGGGGGGGGUGCCCCAGGUGUCAACACUGAGGGGGGUGACAAAAUGCUGGGUGACACUCACCUUGGGGUCUGCAGCGCACCCGAGCCACACGUCUCUCCUGGGAGUGACGUGGUGGCUUGGGCACCCACAGGCUCCGCACUGCCCCAAACAGUCCACCCGCCACCUCCCCCUUAGCUGUAGGGUGGCUGAGUGGCAGGAGGCAGGCAGACUCCUCGGAGGCCCCGCAGAGCGUGCUGCCCCAGCUCGUCCCGCCCCGUGGGCAGUUGGUCCUGCUCCGCAGUCACAGGACAUGCACGUCAUCCCAGGCGCCCGAUUGGCUUGCUCUGCCGCUGCUUCCAUUAGCUUGCUUAUAACUUCAUUUACAUAGGACAGGAAUGCAGCAGCAGGAAUGGGAGAAGAGGGAGGCAGCUACUAUUGUUCGCUCCAAGUACCCACAUGGCUGCUCAUUCACAUUAAGCCAUAUGUCGGUGUAACAUGUUCAGACCAAACCAAUGAAUCGUCUCACCGCUGAUCAAACAAACAAUAGUUUGUUUUCCACCUCCUCUUCCCUCAUGCCUUUUGUAGCUUGAUGAGCAUCAGGGCUGGGGUAUCAAACAAAUCAUAUAACUCCAUGCCGCAGUUGAAACAAACCACAGUUCAUAAACCAGCAGCAAACCAUACCUUCAGAGCAUGGUUUAUUGGCAGUAAACAAACUAUAGUUAAGCUGUUGGGCAGGGUUUCAAUAACCAGGCGGUGAUUUAAUGAACCAUGGUUUAUAUUCCCAUCUUUCAACUUUAGCAAAACUAAACCUGGUUUGCUGUGCUUUUUAGCAAUGUAAAUAUGUGACUGAACUAGAUCAGCAAUUUUUCAUUCCUCUCUGCUAAACUGAAAUAACAACUGAAACCUUGACCCAACAUGGUACCCUCCAGAAGUUCCUGGUCAGGGGUGCCAACUUGAAUAAAUAUUGUGGGGGCCCAGGUAAGCCCCGUCCUGCAUAAUUGAUCACAUGAUGCAGUGCACACAUACCAUUACAAAGGAAAUGCCCAUCAACUUUGUUGAGGCCCAGCCCCCACUAAUAUUGUGGGGCCCAAAGCCCCCACGGCCCCUAGGAGUUGGCUCCUAUGUUCCUGGUAGUGCUCCCAACCAGCACAGUUGUGCUGGGUGACAGAUUUUUUGCAAGUAAUAAGCAACUGUUCUAAAUCACCUUUCUACCUCGGAGGACAAUGCUUAUCGAGAAGUUUCCAUUUAAAAAUUAAAGCAGAUGCAAAUGUUUGCUAUUGAAUCCAGUGUUCUAGUAGUGUUUUCAUUCAUGUUAAGACAGUAUUGCUGAAAAAUCUUAUGAUUUAGAGCCUGAGUACUGUAAGGGGAGGGGAAGGCUCAUGUAGGGAGGUUUUCCCAUCCCCUCCUCCACCCAUCUACCAUGGCAUUCCUUGCCAUCAUCACCAGAAAGAACUCCUGUGACACAUCCAGACAUCUAAAGGCAGUGCUUUUGUUUCUUACAAAACAUUCUCAUGUAGGUUUCGGCUGGAAUCUUACGCAUUCACAUGAGAGUAAGACUCAUUGAACUUAACAGGAUUGACUUCUGAGUAGUUAUGCGUAGGAUUGCACAGUUAACGGAUUAAAACUCAUAGGGCAACCAAGAUUACUUUUAAUUACUUUGGCUAAUUAAAGCUGAUUUUCUGGGACUGUUGAACAAAAUACUCUCUUUCAGGAUUCUUCUCAGAAUGUAAUUGAAGAAAAGCUGAAGACAUUUUUCUCCAGUACUCAGAUACCAGACUUUCAAGCAUCAGUUGGAUGCGUACUAUCUGCUCUUGUGAACAGGUGUAAAAGAGAGUCCUCAUUUUACCCUCAGAAUUGCCUGGUGCAAAUAAUCCAGACACAAGGCCUCUCUUACAGGUGAGCUAGUAUUUAUUUUAUAAUAAGGUAAAAAGGUAAAGGGACCCUGAACGGUUAAGUCCAGUCAAAGGCAACUAUGGGGUGCGGCACUCAUCUUGCUUCAGGCCAAGGGAGCCGGCGUUUGUCCACAGACAGCUUUCUGGGUCAUGUGGCCAACAUGACUAAACUGCUUCUGGUGCAACGGAAACACCAUGACGGAAGCCAGAGCGCACAAAAACGCCAUUUACCUUUCCACCACAGUGGUACCUAUUUAUCUACUUGCACUGGCGUGCUUUCAAACUGCUAGGUUGGCAGAAGCUGGGACAGAGCAAUGGAGGCUCACCCCGUCGUGGGGAUUUGAACCACCGACCUUCCGAUCGGCAAGCCCAAGAGGCUCGGUGGUUUGGACCACAGUUCCACCCGCAUCUCUCUUAUUUUAUAAUGAAAUUUAAGGAACUGGAAUCCUUCAGGAACUUUGAGAAUAGUGGCUUAUCAGAAACUGAUUUCUUGUGAACCUGUGGUGCUCCCAGAAACCUGAAAUAUUUUUGUGGAUAAAAGUUAAUAUUUAACUAAUUGCAAUUAUAUCCGGAGAUGUAACUGUUUACCCUUUUGUUCAAGUAUGUGCCCAGAUCUAAUGGCAGUUGCCUUGGAGAAAACAGAUGUACACUUGUUACAACUAUGUCUCCAGCAGUUUCCUGACAUCCCUGAAGCAAUUACCUGUGCUUGCCUGAGGACAUUCCUGAGGUCAGUAUCAAGCAAUUUAUCCUACAUUUUUAUUGAUCAUGCUUGCAAUAGUUUGCUUUGAAGUACUAUUUUUUCUCUUCAAAUUACUUUGUGGGUAAUAAAGGAACUUCAGAGACACCAUGGUGUAUGAACACUAGCCUACCACUUUGGUAAGAAGUAGAAAUGACAUGUAUUUUACCCUAUUUAAUUCCCUUGUGUAUGAGAGCUGUUCAUAAUGGACUCCAUUGCAUUUAUCAGAUGAGAUUUCCAUUGUUUUAGAGAAAUUUUCAUUUAGAAAAUGCUGAAUCUUCUUCCUUUUAAUUGACUGCAGUCAGAAAAGGUUAGUAUGUGAAAUCAGGGAGAGUAAAUUAACUACCUGAUGACUUUAGGCAUUCUCCAAAUGCACAGUCAUCUCUAAAAUGCAAUUUUGUGUGUUAUGUCAUGUUGUGUUAUGGGAGGCUGAAGGCAGCCCUGUUUAGGGAAGCUUUUAAUGUUUAACAGACCACUGUAUUUUAAUACUUUGUUGGAAGCCACCCAGAGUGGCUGGGGAAGCCCAGCCAGAUGGGUGGGGUAUAAAUAAAUUAUUAUUAUCAUUAUUAUUAUUAUUAUUAUUAUUAAUUGAUCAAUGCAAAUUGAAUGUAAUAAUAAUAAUUUUUAUUUAUAGCCCGCCCUCCCCAGCCAAGGCCUGGCUCAGGGCGUCUAACAAGCAAUAAUAAAAACAAGUUGAAUGAAUACAACUUAAAAACAAGAUUAAAAUACAAUAUUGAAAUAUUAAAAUAUUAAAAUGCAGCCUCAUCACAGGAGGAGAAAGGAAAAUGAAAAAAGAAAGAGGGGGAGGGAAUCAAAUUGGCUCCAAGCCAAAGGCCAGGUGGAACAACUCUGUCUUACAGGCCCUGCGGAAAGAAAUCAGAUCCUGCAGGGCCCUGGUCUCAUGAGGCAGAGCGUUCCACCAGGCUGGAGCCAGAGUUGAAAAGGCCUUGGCUCUGGUUGAAGCUAAUUAACUUCCUUAGGGCCCGGGACCAUUAGGGUGUUGCUAUUUAUGUAGAGACUUCUCUAGACAUGCAUGGAAAGGCAUGUUCUUCUGUCCAUCUUAAUCCCAGAUAGUAGUUAUUGAUGUUGUUGUUAUGAAAUGUCAAUUUCAGAUAUUUCUUAUAAAAUGCCUUUUUAAACUAAUAUCAGCAUCUGGGGACUUUUCUUUUUCUUCCUAGCAUUGGUGAUGACCGCCUUGAAGAAAUGAAUGUGUAUUUAGAUUCUGUAGCAGGUUGUGUUGAUACUGCGCACAACAACGGAAUGGGAACGCAGUCUAAAGUUAUACAGAACGGCUUCAAUUCUGAGCUCCCAGAAGAAGACAUCUGCGACACACCGUUAACUCAGAAAUCUCACAUGACAUACACAAGAGAAAUAUGCCCUGUUGGACCACAGAAGGCAACGUUGCUGUAUCCUUUGCACAUUAAAUAAAGUUGUUCUUACAGAUGUGGAACGGUUAUGUGGCACCUGUGGCAUAUUGUUCCACCAUGUUGGAACCUCAUUUCUUGGGAGAUUUAACAAUCAUGAAGGAAUGGGAAGGUGGUAUUUUGCUGCACCACCCCCAGUGCACCCUGAAGAACUGCUCUAGAGAGUAAGGUGAGGUGGAGUUUCCUGCCUCCCCCACUUCUUCCUUCACUGAGAGCUUCUGUUGAACCUUUUGUCCCUUCCUUGGCAGAAGGAUCCCUUCAACUUGCAGAAAGAAGACUGCAGUUCUAACCUAUUUUGUUAGCCUUUUAAAAAAUGCUUUCUUUUUCAAAGAUGUUACUCUUAAAGAAUUUGGGUGGGUAGGCUGGGAUACAAUAAAAAUCUUAAUGCACAUUGGUCCUUGACCCUAUUACCUGAAUCUUACGCAGAAACACCAUUCUUCGUUCAGCAUACAGUGAGACAUUUCUUUUGCCUCAUCUGAAAGAUCUCUCAGCUGAGCAAGUCAUUGUAAGUAGCGACUCCUCUCUUGACUGUUUCUAGAUAUUAUUGUUGAUUACAUAUUUGUUCUUUGAGCAUGUUUUGGCUUUUAGAGAAAUUAUCAAUGAACUUUUUCAGUUAUGAAAUCCAUAUCUAAAUAUCACAUAUCUAAAUCCAUGCUGAUUAUUACUGUGAUAAAUAGAUAAGUAUCCACUGAAUGAUAUUUCAUCCCACACUGGUUCUGUAGAACCUCCUCAGCCUCUGGUAGUGAUAGUUUUAAACUUCAGGUAUAACGUUAGUGUAAGCUUCAGGAUGUGUUCAUGAUUAAAUUUGCUGCACUUAUGCACAUUAUUAUAUAUUAUAUAAAUUAGAAAGGGAGGGUGGAAUUACUGCAUGACAUUGGUCAGAUUAGACUGAGGACCUUCAGAAGUUUCACUUCUAUGCAAGCUGUUACAGGCCUGAUGUAUAUUUGUUAUGUCUAAAUUUGAAAUCAAUAUAGGAAGGCAGGCUUGCUUUGCAUUUUAUAUUUGUUUCUGCAUGGAAAAAGUCAGCAUAGAUUGGUGAUAUAGUGAGAUCCCUGAAUUGAGUUGUAGAAAGAAAAUUGAGACAAGUAUUAUUUUUUUUAAUGACUGAAUACUCGUUUGCAAGUAUAUUAAAAAUUCUGUACUGUAUAUACUUAAAAUUGAACUACUACUUUUAAAUAUUUUUUUCUUCCUAGUUAUUUCUCCGGUAUCUGCAGUAUCUGUACAUGAAGUGCAAUGAAGAGGCUGCUGUAGACCUUCCUGUAAUAUUUUGUCUGUCGAUAAACCAGGUAAGGGGCAGGUGGGAAUUAAAUUCAUCAUUGUUCUUGUGAAUUAUCAGCAUCUAUGUUUCAACUCUAGAUGUCUGCUUCAUUGAAAGGACUAGAUCUGCAUGUGCACUCCUCUGUGUAUUCAGAGUCCGUUUCAGCCCAAUGGUAAACAUAACUGUCUUCAAUUAAUGUUUAUUCUAAAAGUGAGACUUGGGCUCUUAUGGCAGAAAUUGUUUUAUAGGAUCCUUGGUUCCUUUUUUCAUGGUUAAAGAAAAAUAUGCUUCCCUCCUCCAGUUGCUCAUGGUGCAGUGACAAAAGGAUUGUUAACACACAUGAUGCGGUAUUGAUCUGUUUCCCAAUUUUGAAUGAUGUUAUUGCCCUGGCUAACUUGGUUUGGGAAACAGAUCUGAAAGUUUACAAGAUAGCAUUGAUAGGAUCCCUUACAAUGGGAUAGAAUCAUACAGUGAGACAGGGAAGUACUUGCUGGUCUGUGACUUUCAUGAUUGCCUUGGAGAUUCUGCUCCUAUAAGCAGUUGCUUAGCUAUGCCUGCAUUACACACUGUUAUAUUUGCAGAAUCAUUGUUGAAAGAUGACAGUUUCAACUCCCUCCCACUCGGCAGCCAAGGUUGUUUUAAAUUUAAAUGUGCUACAUGUACAUUUAUUGCCAGACGUGUGGCAAGGAAGCUUUUAUAUUAUAAAGAAAUUAUUUCCCGAGUGUUAGUCUCUUGCAUAAAAGCUAAGCAAGUCUUGUGGUACCGUUAAAACAUUGGGUUGUGCUCAGCUAAGUCCUACCCAUUAGCUCUAUUGAAAUCAAUUUUGGGUAGGACCAUCAUUGAAUCCAAUUUCAAGAAAUCUAUAAUGGCAUAAGCUUUCGUAAACUACAACCCACUUCAUCAUAUGCAUGAUUGUACAGAAAUGACUGUCUUCUGUGGAAUAUCGUUAUUUUCCAUUUCAGUGCAGAGAGUUGCAUCUGAAGGCUGCAUGAACAGAAUUUCCCUGCUUCUCCUCCCACCAACUUCCGUACUCCCUAAAUGUGCAGGAGCUUUAGAGGGUCCCCCAAAUCUGCUUAGAAAACUUGAGUGGGGGGGGCAAAGAAUGGAGGGCUAGAUUAAAAUCAGAAGCCCCAUUGCAUAAAAGGAAAUUGGUUCUGCUCACGGAUGGGCACAUGUCACUCAAUAAAAUUAUAAGGUAGUGGAAUUCUGUCUAAUGGUGCUGACUUUCUCAUGCAUGUGCUGAAGGUUGAGGUAUCACUAGCUUACGCUUAUCUAUCACUGGUUUAAUUUUCAGAUCAUGGACUGGAUAUGCCUUCUCCUAGAUGCUCACUUUACAGUUAUUGUGAUGUUGCCAGAAGCAAGAGAAUUACUUUCUAAGCUGCACAAGUUUGUUAGAGCCCAAGUAAGUUCCCCUUCCUUUUGAAAUUGCAGCACCAGAAGCACAGGUUGAACGUUGUAGGUGGUGAUACCAAACCAAGCUUCCUUUUGAAAACCACAAAUGUUAUCCUUUGUUUGAUAUCAUGCGCUGCCCUUUUGCAUGAAGGCAACAGUAGUGUCACUUGUGGGAAUAAAAGCAAUGUUUAUAAAGGGCUGGCAGGAAAUACGAACAAGUCUUAUUUGUUUCCCUCCUCUUUUAGGUACGUUUUUACUCAGAACUCAACAAGAUUGAAGGAAGCCUGAGGCAUUUGCAAAGGAUACAGCACCCAGAUGAUGUGGGCUUAUAUUCCAUUGAAGUUCUGAAACUUGUAUGAAUAAGGCACAUGUUUCUCAUAAAAUUAUUGUUACGAAUCUACUGUGGACAUUUUUCUCCCUCUUUGCAUUCCGGCUCAUCUGUUCUACCUUGUAAAAGCUUAUUAAUACCAGAAUUCUCAUUGGUGAACUGUACUGAUACCCCUUCAAGGCCGUCUUUUCUAACUUGGUGCCUUCCAGAUAUUUUGGGCUGGGGCAGAUGGGAUUUGAAGCCUUUGAUAUCUGGAGGGCACCAGGAUGGCAGAGGCUGCUGUAAGUUACAUUACGACUACAACAUCCAACCUGGAUAUCAUGUAUAUAUGUAUAAACCAUAGCUCAGAUCCACUUUAAGAUACACUAAAGACAAGAGGGUGUCAUUAGGAAAGCAACAUGCAUUUCUUAAAAGAGGUCUUAGCUUGUUUACACUUACAGUCUUGUAGACUUGUUUGCAAGCUAUCUAACACAGGAAAAGUAAAUUACAACAGCAAAGUUCAGACCUAGUAUAAAAGUUGUAGGUAAAUGGUGUCAGUACCUUGAAAGUAAAGUGGUACCUCGGGUUAAUAACUUAAUUCGUUCCGGAGGUCUGUUCUUAACCUGAAGCACCACUUUAGCUGAUGGGGCCUCCUGCUGCCGUUGCGCCAUUUCUGUUCUCAUCCUGAAGCAAAGUUCUUAACCUGAGGUAAUAUUUCUGGGUUAGCGGAGUCUGUAACCUGAAGCGUAUGUAACCUGAAGCAUAUGUAACCCGAGGUUCCACUGUACUGCAUGCAUAAUAUAUAAUACACACAAUACAGUUUAGAGAUAACUCUAGCUCUUAAAACCUGCUAAAGAAAGUAUGGUACACCAUGAAACUUCAUACUUUAGGUGGAGUCUCCCACAAGGAAAACUCAAUUGAAAGAAGUAUUACAAAAAAAAGUUUCAGUCCAUGCCUUAAUUGGUCAAGCUUCCAUGCUGAUACAGUGUUCAGUAGGCCAUGCCUAACCAGGAAAGAGCUAUUUGGCUUCUCAGGAGAAAGAUGCUGCUGAAAACAUAAUUUUCAGCUCUGUACACCAGAACUGGUAUUGUGAAUUACUUGGGAACAAAAAGCGCACAAGCUAGGCGUCUUGAUAUGGUGUUAUUUUUCUGUCCGCACGAGGGAAUAGAAGAUGAUACAGAAGCCACAUGCAGCACUAGGUCAAAACACGCUGUAAUUUUAGUAAAUUAUCAAGUUCCAAUAGUUUGCUGUGUUAAGACAGCUUUGACUUAAGUCUUUGGCAUUCCAUCAACUGGGUCAACCCAACGGGAAUACCAUAUGCCAGUAGACAACCGCUGGUCCUUUUGCUUGAAAGCCUGCUGCAGAAGCAUUGGAUUGGCUCUGCCAUCUUUCACACACCCAUCCCUUGCCCUUCCCCCUCUCGGUGGCAUUGACAUUGGGAAGCCAGGUGUACCCUGCCUGCAACUCCCUGCCACUCACUGCUGAUGAAGGUUCUGUGGUGCUCUGUGCCUUUUUGUCAUCUUUAGGCAUCGUAACCAUUCUCUAGGGUUAGGAGAGCUGUAAUGUUCUGUUUAUGAUGUGUUAAAGCUAGUGGCGAUGGUUCGUCGCAGCAAACCUAAGCAACUUUAAAAAUGCAUUUAUUGACAAAUCAGAGUUAAAAUGUGGUGCUACAAAGAAAAACAGAUUUGUGGCCUCUUGUUUACUCAUGAAUUAGUCGCUUCAUAAUUAAAAUGGAAAUCAGAUAAGCUUUGUCAUUUGCAGCUUGCAAUAGAAGAUAUGGCUGUAGUUAGAAAAAGCACUGUUUGUACCUUAACAGAGCUAUUGGGAAAUGUCAGUCUUACAAAAGCAAGUCUGAUAGGCUGCAAAAGCCUUGUACAGCUGUCAGAUAAUCAUCAUAAAACUUACAGCCAGCUUUUAAUGCUGCAAAAUUUGCUGAUUGUAUUCUGCUGGAGGCCGUAUUCUGCAUUUCAAGUGUCCCUGAUUUUCCACCUGAUAAGCUUUGAUUGCUGCAUAAAUUACCAAAGGAGGUUGAGUGUGAAGAUCUUGGUGAUUCAUAUAUCAUUUAGAACACCUAUGUUCCAUACAGACACCACCUCAGAUCUCUGAAUUGCUGCUUAAACUUUCCUUUGAAUGGUGGCUAUCUUCUAAUAAUGAGGAUCUGAGCUUAACAGCAAACUGGAACAUAUAAAGUCCUAUAGCUUAGCCAUUUCCCCAGGCAUUGCAUUAAGUUGAAGCACUUAGAAAAGAUAACAACACCAGAAUGAAUUUGGUGAUAGGUAGAACAAAAAGAUUGGCCUCAAUAUUAUACUAAAAUGCUAUGCCUUUUCCUGAAAGGAGUGGAUAACAAAGUUUUGGUUCAUAUACUUCACGCAAACCAAUAUUCUGGCAUUCCAGACAGAAUGACAAAUUGUCAUUCUUGACUGUCCACACAAAAGAAAGUGGCUAUAAACAUUAAAGCUGUAUAGCUUUACUCAACCAUCAACAAUUUGUUGUAAUCACAUUGGGUUGGAUCCAAAAAUGUUCUAUCAUUCACUUAGGGAGUCCAUUUAAAAAUGCACAGGCUUUCACUCUGGUGAAUGCUUCUACAAGUGGAAGGAUACGAGAUGACUUUUGCCAGUAAUUUUUCCACCAGGCCACUUGUACUAUUGAACUAUUCUGAGGAGCCCCUCAUCCCUCCCAAGCAGAUUUUUCAGGGAAGGGAGGGGAAAAGGGAAAUACUAUUUUCUGACAUUGAGUAUAUUGAAAAUGACUUGCCUGCCUUAAGUUUGUGGGGGGUCUCUUGUCAGAUCAAAACACCCUUCUAAAACCAUAAGGGUACCUGUGGAUCUUUCUAACCCAUUGUAGCUGAACCCUGAUGCUAUUGUUAAAUGUCAAACUCCCUUGGAGUGGGUUGUAUCAGUGUGAGGUUUACCCAGUAGCCCAGAGCUUGGCUGCAGUGUGUAGGUGUGUCAUACAAAUGCUCCCCAAGUUCCUUCCGGGGCUGGAAAGGGGUUUGUUUAACCUUUGGUUUGCUAGUAAAACUGAAUUACCAUGUCGCGAAAUCACACAUGUCUAAAGAGUGCGUCACCAACACGAAAAGUUUGGAAAGCUCUGCGGUAGCCUUUGCCAACAAAGCUAUAAAGGACAGCAUCUGCAGGUAAUCAGUUGCUAUAUUAAUAAUUGGAAUUCAACUUUUGUACACCUUUGCAGGAAGAAUAGGGGAAAGUGCAACUCAGGAGCAGGUAGCAUGCAAGGUUUGUGCAACUUGUCUCCCUUGAAAAUGCGUUAACUGAAUCACCUUUAAUAAUACCCUUCCCAUGUGGUGGCCAUGUUGUGGUAGAACUGCAAGUUAACCAGAAUAGUGGUCUACGACAGAAUAUAGGAAUUCCUGAUCUUCACAAGACUGCAAGUGUAGAGCAAGCAGACAGCAGACCUCAAGAAGAUACUUGCAGAAUAAACUAUGAUGACUUGCACAGGUGAGUCUAAUGAUAACGUUCUAUGAAAUGGAAACCUAAUUUCACAUAGUUCAAGCUAUUCAGGGGGCAAUAUAUUCCUGCCUCCAAAAAUGAUUAACAAUCUAAUCAAUCUAUCAAAGGAUCACACAGUUAACCCUGAAGAAGAUUUAACAUGUCUCUUUUCCAGAUCUAACGUCCUCUCAUUGAUUAUGGAAGUUCUGGAAUUGAAGGGUGCAGAUGAGAUCCAAGGCCAUAUGGGGUGUGGCAGGCAGAGGGGGUAACCAUUUAAAAUCUGACCUGUUUUCAAAGACUGCUGAAUUUGAAAAUGUGCUGUGUUUUGCUCUGAGUAGGCCCAUUUAAAUUCAUGAAUAUGACCAGGCUAGGGUCAUUGGGUGGAAUUCAGCUAAGUUCUUGUGUCCUUGAGGUCUGCUCAUGUGAAAGGAUUUUCCCAGCUUUUCCCUGCCUUGCUGUGCCACAUAAAACUGCUCUGGAGGGUUAGGAGCUAGUCUUGUUGGGUUAACAGUUAACCUCACUUAGCACUACAUUGAAUGCCACCCAUUAAUGUCAGUGGGUCUACCCUGAGUAAAACUUAGUGGAAUACUACCACUAAAUGUAUUUACUGUUCCAACACUUGAAUGAGAGAGGCAAAUUAUUUGUGCUAUACAGUGGUACCUCAGGUUAAGAACUUAAUUCGUUCCGGAGGUCCGUUCUUAACCUGAAACUGUUCUUAACCUGAAGCACCACUUUAGCUAAUGGGACCUGACGCUGUGUGAUGUCUGUUCUUAUCCUGAAGCAAAGCUCUUAACCUGAAGCACUAUUUCUGGGUUAGCGGAGUCUGUAACCUGAAGCGUCUGUAAUCCGAGAUACCACUGUAUAGUGCAAGCUACACAUCUAGAUGCAAUUGACUGAAAAGGGGGGUCCAACAUUUUAUUUUGUGUUUGUUUUUAUUCUAACCUGCUGAUUUAUGGAUAAGGGCUAUCCGCAAAGACUUUGCACGGCUAAUGAGCUUCCAGUCUGCUUUUGGUUUUCAGAUCGCAAUUCUGACUGAGAAGCCUGUAUGGGUUACUAUAAAAAUGAACAUAAUCUGUGGAAGGGAUGGAUUCAAGCCAGUCUCUAUAUUUACUUUUUAAUAGCAUUGGUUGAAACCACCUAAAUUCUCCCACAUCCACCUAAUGUAGGAGUACUGCACCGAGAGAGAAAGCUAGGGGACAAAUUGCUACCAACUCCCUUACAUAAAAGAUGUUGGUAGUAAAGUGGACAGCGAAAAGCAGAGGGUACCAGGGGGAUAAAAGGCAUAUUUUUAAAAGUAACAAGCAGAAUUAUUUUAAAACUGAAACGGGUGGAAAUAUAAAGCAUUAAUGACCUAAAUACAUCAAGGUAGCAGACCUCUGAGAGAGCUUUAGAAAUGUCGCUGGCUGAGCCCAAGGAGUCUGUAGGGUACCAUCUCUCUGCCUUCAAUGAUGAACUGGAUGAAAAAGAGCACAUCCCUGCAGAUUUAGGGAAGCUUUGGGUCUGCAGGGUCCAAAGCCAUCCAGUUCCCUGCACAUGCCCCCAAGCCGGCUAUGAAACUGCCAAUCCUGGAGAGGGCACACUCAAUGGGAAGGAAGCUCACAAAAGGGGAACGGGGUGGAGAAUAAGCUGCUCCUCCCAGACAAAUGCACAGUGUCUGCUCUGGUCAGAACAAGCCUAACAGUGCAGGUCAUCCCCAUAGAGUCUUCCUCACUGCCUCCUCCAUAGGACAGCUCUGCCCAGUAGAUUUUAUAAUCAACGUUCAUUAAAUUCAUAUAUAAAAAGGCAAAACGCCUGUGAAAUACCGAAGACACGGUGGUUUAUCAGCCCUUUAACUCAGCUGGAGUCAAUUAUAGAUUUAAAAGGCUCGCUCGUCAUCACACAUCUGUUUGCCAGUUUGUAUAAGCAAUAUGUUAAGCGGAAUAAGCUGUUGAUCAUUUUGCUGAUUUAUCAUAUCACUAUUUUGUUUAUGUUAGGGGUAGUGCGAGUUUUCCAACGUGCCUUGGGGAAUGUGCAUAUGUAGGCAGGCCUUUGUGCAUUUAUUGGAGAUGAUGCAAAAUGCCAGUGACGGUGCAAACUCUCGCAGAGAUACACGCAUUCUCAAAGGCUUGCUGGAGAGGAUGUAUAGCACAGUGGCCUCUCAAAUUUCAGCAGCACCCUGUGCAAUGCUAAAAUUCAGUGCCCCUGACCUCUCAUGCUCCGUUCUACAGCAUUGUUUUGGAACCCCCUGCUUGCAGCAUGGUACCCAGUGCGACCACUGUAUCGUGACUAGGAAAGGUGUUCAGUUCCCUGGACUAAUGAUGCGCACAUUAUCCAUCAGGACUAACAACUUGAAUGAAAUAUGGAGGGGGAGGUAAGGUAAGGCACAGACACCAUUUGAAUGGCAACGCCCAGUAACUUUGGUGGUGGGCAGUCACCUCAAAUAUUUUAAUGGGAGGGGGCAAGGGGCCUUGGCCCCUAGGAGUUGGCUCCUAUGCUCUCCAUGAGAUGUGGUGAUUGUGUCCAGUGGCUUGGUGCUAUGCACAUUAGCCAUUUGACUCAAAUUAGCUGUUUUCUUCUUUUAAGGUCCCAACUAGAUGUGUGUCGGCUGGAGGGGACGGGGAAACAGCCCCUCUGAAUUUCCUAUUUGCAUUGGAAAGACAUUCUCUAUUGGUGCCAAAUAUUACAAACUAAAUAUUAUGAGGGUACCUUCAGAGUGUAAUUCUAGGACCUAUUGGAGGGAGUCCCGUGAGCCAUAAGAUAGAUUCAAUCUACUCUCCCAAUGUUACUCUGAGGUCCGAGUGGGAGAUCCAAUGUUUAGCUUCCCUCUCUAAAGGUAUCGCCUCCCUUAGCAUCCUUGUUCAGCAAACGUAGCUCUGGUGUCAGUGUGCCAGGCAGAGACUUUGAUCUCUGGCAUCCUCCCACUGUGGUGUAGUGGUUAAGAGGGGUAGAUUCAUAAUCUGGGGGAACUGGGUUCAUAUCUCCGCUCCUCCACAUGCAGCUGCUGGGUGACCUUGGGCUAGUCACACUUCUUUGAAGUCUCUCAGCCUAACUCACAUCACAGAGUGUUUGUUGUGGGGGAGGAAGGGAAAGGAGAAUGUUAGCCGCUUUGAGACUCCUUUCGGUAGUGAUAAAGUGGGAUAUCAAAUCCAAACUCCUCUUCUUCUCCCAGACAAGGGGUGGAAUUUAGACACAUUUCUGAGCGUAUCUAAACCUAUCCUUUCCCUUUCCCUCCCAUUGUUUUCAACAUCCUGUACCAACACAGUCAGGGACAAGAGACGCUGAAUUCCACAAUAUCUGGAGGGCACCACUUUGGCCCACCAACAUCUAGAGAGCCACGGGUUCCUCGUUCCUGGACUGUGAGGCUAAAGGACAGGAAUGAGGAGCCUGUGGCUCUCUAGAUAUUGGUGGGCCAAAGUGGUGCCCUCCAGCUCCUAUCCGCCCCAAUCAGUAUGGCCAGGGAUGACAGGCGUUGUGGAAUAGAAGAACUUCUGGAAGGCUACAGGUUCCCCAUCCGUAAUAAGUGCAAUAGUUGGAAAGAAAAUGGGACACACCAUACCAUACCUGGACUUAAGAGAGUCACUUCUAAAGCUCAAUAUAGUUUCUUAGAUGAACUAAGAAAGAGAUGCCCACUGAGGAGCAAAUCAGGCUCAACAAGGGUGGAAUCUACACACAUGUACAAACCAUUCUGAAAAUGCUUUUUUGUUUUGUUUUUAAAAAUACAUGUACAGUACAUUAAAUUUCCCGUAAGGUUCGCCAUCAAGUGUCGCAUUGCAUAUUGCACUUAAAACACACUUCGAAUGUUUUAUUUGCAGCCCUAUGGCUGAGUCCAAGGAUGUAGGAAAGCUCUGCCAUGUACAAGAUGAAUAUUAUAGCGCUGCCAUACGUCCGGACAUUUUCCUGGAUAUCAACGGGAUUUCAAAGGCAGAAUUGAUGUCGGGGGGGUGGGGAUUUCCGAAAUGGUGGUGCUUUGUCCUGGCUCUGAGUCAAGUCAAUUGAAAACUUGCAGGAUUUUGGGGGGCUCAAAAAUUUUUUAAAAAGCUGAACAACUUGGGGGGGCGUUGUCUAAAAAAAAAUAGCUCAUGAAUUUCCUUUUUAUAAAAUAGCUCAAAAAAAAAAGUCAAGUCAAUAAAAAAAUAAUGGGAUUCUUUUAGCGCAACAACUUGGCUUUAAAAAAAAGCUUGCGUAGCAAGGUAUUGAACUUGUUUUUUUAAAAAACGCUCAGCAGUUUCCUUUAACAAUAACUUUCAGGGUGCCCUGGUAAAACAAUCUGGCAACCCCAGUAACCAUCUGUUUCAGACACAGGCCUUUCAGGCACGCAAGCGAAGGGGACCGUUUGCAAUACGUGCGGCAUUUAAGUCCCGUGUACAAAUGAGCCGCGGCUUAACUCUUAUCUGCGAAAGCGAUCGCGCCCCGCGUGUUUUCUGGCCGCGGCUUUUCGCGGGUGCAAAGAAGAUCUGGCUCAGGCGGCAGCAUCCGCAACAUCAGCAUCAUCCCCGAACGAGCUCCCCUCUCGCGCGCCCCCUUCCGCCUCUCCCGGCGAAGCGCAGGCAAGGCCCGGCCACGUGACCCGCUCCGGCCCUGCCGCCGCUUCCCUCCCUCCCUCCCUCCCCCCUGUCGGAGCGGAGCGAUCCGAGGCAAGCAGGCGAAGAAACAAGAUGGCGGCCGGCGGCGAUCCCGAGCGGGACGCCGGCCCUUCGCAUUGAAGCCCCUCGGCCCGAGCGGCUCGCCGGAGGCCCUCCUUCCCCGGCGAGGGAGGGGGGGCGGGGAGGAAGAGGGAGAAAGAGCGCAACCGCCCGCUCGGAAAAGCCACCCGAAGGCCCUCGCGCGCACACACAACACCUCCCCCCUCAGCGCUCUCGGCCAGCGCCCAGCGAUGCGGGGCCGGCGAGGCAGGCCGCCCAAGCACCAGCAGCCUGCGGCGGCCCCGGCUCGGGCGAGCACCCCGGCUCCAGCAGCCCCGCCGCCGGGCCCUAUCGGGGGACUCCGCUCCCGCCUGAGGGGCAGCAGCCGGGGCAGGUGGGCGGCCUCGGCCCAGGCGGCCGGGGCUGCAGGGCCCAAGCCGAGGGGGGCCGCUGCCCAGGCCUCCCCCUCAGUCAGGGGAGGCGGCAGGAGGAAGGGCGGCAGCGGCAGCAGCAGCACCCCUGGCGGGGGAGGCAAUAGCGGCCGGGGAAGGGGCAGGUCUGCUGCUGCUGCUGCUGGAGCGGCGGCGGGAGGAGGAGGAGGAAGCCAAAGCAGGGCGCCCGCCGCCGCCGCCUCAGGUGGUGGUGCUUCUUCUUCCUCCGCUCCCAAGAGGAGCGGCCGCAGCAGCCAAGUGGUUUACGACGACCAUGAGAGCGACGAGGACGAGAGCGCCGUGUCCGACGACGAGGAAGGCGAGUCCGGGGAGAAGCCCGACUCCGGGGAAGACGAGGCCGUGGCGGAAGAAGAAGAGGAGGAGAACGACGACGACGACUCGGAUUACCCCGAAGAGAUGGAGGAGGACGAGGACGACGACGCCAGCUACUGCACGGAGAGCAGCUUCAAGAGCCACAGCACCUACAGCAGCACCCCGGGUACGGCGAGGGGUAGGUGGGGUGAGGGGGGUCGCCCCCCACUUGUUCCACCCCGGAGCCCAUCGCGUUAGGGAAGGGGUGGUGGACGGGUUUUUGCUUUGGGGGGGGUUAAUGGGGUGGUGCUGAACCCCCCCUCCGCCAUGGGGAUGCGCGCUGCAAUGGGGGCAAGAUGUGGGGAGAAGGGAAGCGAGGGGCUCCUGCAGGAAGAGGGCAAGGUGCGGGAAGCCACAGUGGCAGAACUUGAGAGAGAGAGAAAAUAAAUAGCGAUCCUAGGCUACUUAUUCGCAGGAAGAGGAGAUGGCAAACAUGGUCUGAGAACAGGGGCCCCAUCCCUGUUCCCAGUUAGGGGCCCCAUCCGUUGCCUCCCUUCUCUCUAAUUUUUUUGGUCAUUUUUGUGCAUGGUAAUAUCACACAUUUUAUGGCCUGUUGUUGUUGUUUGUUGCUGUUGUUAGUGCAUACCAAAACUCCUUUGCUUCUUAGGGACUACCCUACAUUUUGUGCAGGGAAUCGCUUUGCAGAGGCAGCCACCAUGGAGUUAUCAACAUGUUCCAAAGCGGGGGGGGGGUGUCCGUGGCUCUUGAAAAAUAGGGGGUCAUUAGAAUGGGGGUCCACUUGAUCCACGGCCCCAUCCCUUGCCCUACCCCCCAACUAUUUUUUUGUCUUUUUCGCAUGGUAGUAUCACAUAUUUUAUGGCCUGUUGUUGUUUUUUUCUUAGUAUGCCUAAACUCUUUUGCUUAUUAGGGGCUGCCCCACAUUUUGUGCACAGAAUUGCUUUGCAGAGGCAGCUACCAUGCAGUUAUCAACAUGUUGCAAAGUGAGGGUGGGGUGGGGUGUCCGUGGCUCUUGAAAAAUAGGGGGUCCUCAGUAAUCAGCUAAUUGGGAACCACUGUCUGGGAAGAAUCAAUUGGGACUGAGUGAAAUAGCAAGGAAAAGGGAGCAUGCAUGUGAUGCUUGGGGAAGGUGGGGGAGUAUCUUGCAGACUCUUGACUUUGUGCAAAACUAGGAGGUGGUGUUUUUGUUUACAAAGGAAAGCGGUGCGUUGGGAAUAGAGAUCAAAUUAUUGGCGGAAGAGCAGUAUGGUUUAAAUCAAGGCGUGCAAGUCCAUCACAUGUAUUUGUAGUAAUUGAAAACAUUCAAAUGGAUAUCUUUUUCUUUCUUUAUUUUUUCAUUUACCAAUUUUUGUUAUGCAGCAGUGUUUGCUUCCAGCUUUUUUUUUAAAGAGAGCUUGUGGUGUUUAAUUUUACGGUGACCUUGCCAGUUCAACCAUUGGAAGAAAUUAUAUUCAACUUUUUAUAACAAGUUUUAAGAGUUUGAUUAUAGUAUGGAUCAUGCUGAACUUCUGGCAUUUUAAGAAUGUUUUGGGGUUUUUAUUAAAAAAGGUAGAUUUAAUCCAGCAAAAUAUUAUUGCAUAAAAUCUUACACGCUUAACUUUCCUUACUUGGUGGCAACUAUUUUUAUAUACUUGCAUGUGUUUUAUCAAGUAUGUAAACAAUCAGGAUUGGGACUUAUAUAUUGGUAGAUGUGAUUGAUAUGACAGUUCUGUGCUUUUACAGUUUGACAAGGACAACCCCAGUGUGGAAUAUUGAAAUAGCUUACAUUUUACUAAAUAUGCCUGUAUAGUACAGUGGCUGUGUGAAAGUUAUGGGGGGAAAUCGGACCCAUUUUUCAUCUAUAUCACAACAUCAAAAGACGUAGUUCUCUAUAUUAAAAUGGGUUUUGAGUUUUCCAAGAGGUGGUUAAUUUUGUUUAUUGUUAAGGUGCUUUUAUAAAGGCAAGCUUUCCUAAUUCACAAUAUGAGAGGGAAUACUGCAUGAACAUGUUUAAAGUUUUGUUUAGUUGUAAUGGUUCCUAGCUGUGGUUUUUCCCUUCACUGUUGCUUUUCAAUGGCAAGGGAUUAUUUCAUAGUACUAAUAAUAUUUUUCUAUAUCGACAACAUAGGAACUGAAUUUUGAUCCAAGGAGACCUUCAUAAUUGUUCACCUGUAGAAAAGCAAAUGUUAGUGCUGUUUAGUUUGCUUCUAAAGUGUAUAUUUUAAUUUGGAUAUGAUUCAGUUUCUGAAUGGAUUUGAAUAAAUUCCUAACACAGUUCUAAAAUGUUAAGUGUUAAUGUUAAUCAGAUCAGUUCAGAAACUGAAUCAUACCCAAAUUAAAAUAUGUAUUGUUGUGUAUCUAAUUUGUGUUGUAUGCUAACAUUGUGCCAUUGAUAGAUAUUUGAUAUCUUGCAGUAGAGAUGACUUUUUCUCACACACAGUGAUUAUUCUAACUGUUUUUAAAAGAGUUAAGAGUUGGUGUUAAGGGUCAUUCCAUAUCAAGUGAUCCAAUCACAUUUACCUUACUAUUUUAUAUUUCUUCCACUUUCAGUUUCCUAAAAGUAAUAUAAGAGAGGGUCCCAGAUUGCAGUUUUAAAUUUUUAUCCCAUCCUGUUUUUGAGUUAUGAGGGUUUGAAAUUUCAAAAAAUUGGCAAUUUUGGUCUACACAAAAACCUUACAAUCUUAACCUAGAACUGAGGUAUGUCAAAACUAAAAAUACCAAACUCUUCAGAACGUCAUUGGCUUUAAUAUGAUAUGUCACAUGAACACCUUACUUUACAUUUUAAAGUUAAGUUGCAAAAUUUUAAAAAGUGAUUAAAAAUAAUAAGUUCAAAAAUUUCUAAAAAUGUAUUGAUUAUUUAAUAUUUCUAAGCGCUACCUGCAAAAUUUCAUCUUGGGAUCUCAAAUAUAUAUAUAUAUAUAUAGAGAGAGAGAGUGUACAUACAUGUCUGCCUUACUGGGUUCUAUUUAGGAUAAAUGGGUCUUCUUGGAGUAAGAUAUAACAGAAUAAACUAGGCUUCAAAAUAUGAUAUCAGUUAUUUUUCGGGCAUCUGAAAAGCUAGUCAGGCUUUUCGUUUUAAAAUGUGUUUUAAAAGCAGAGUGAUAGCUUGCUAUUGCUUGAUAGAAUUAAUGCUUUGAAAGAAUUCUUGUUUGUACUUCAUUUCAUGAACUAUCUCAGUUCUGAGCUGAGUUCUUAGUUUUUUGCCCGGCAAGGCCAAAAUUUUCAGUGUAUUAUUAUUUUUAAUUUCCAACCCUCAUAGCUCAAAAAUGGGUUAAGAGAAAAAAUUAAAAUUUUAGAUUUAAACUUAGUUUUGAUCAUUCAACAAGUACAAAAUAUUAAGGAAAUUGGAUGACAUAAGGUAAAAAAUAUAUAUUAAAAAUUUGCUCACUUGACAUGGAAUAACCCUUAAAACAAAACAGCCGGAUUUACUUUAGAAGUAUUUCUUGUGGCUGCUGCUUCUUUCUGACAGUUGGUGUCAGGCUUUCCUUGUUUUUACAAUGGCCAAUGAUGGUCCAUCAAUCGGGUUCAGUAGAUACUUACGUUUUUGUUGUCCUGGUUCAUCAGCAGCGAGGUGGUAUACACUUGUCAAAUCAUGCCUGCCCUGCUGCUCCCCCCUUUGCUGAACAAGGAGGAACCAAACCAAAGCGCUGGCCUGGAGUUAACAAGAAGGAACAUAAUGCUAAUCCAGUGCUGUAGUUUGUUUCCUCCUCAUGGGGAACAACUGAAGAGUAGGGCAGGUGAACUUGAACAAUGUGCACCUGCAUUCUGCUGGCUUCUGGUAUGACAUGGUUUGUUUGGCCCUACCAUAAUCUUUUGGUUGUGAUGGUGUACUGGAUGGCAAAUACUGCAUCCACCUAUUGACCUACUUGGUGCAUGCACACCCACAUACACAAACACACCCUAGAAUAUGUGUUGUUAAAGUGCUAUAGAAUCAGUGUUAGAAACUUAGGUGUAUAAGCUAGGCGCCAAAUGGCUCCUUAAACCGAGGUUGCAGUCGCCAAAAUGGAAUUUCUAGUUGCCAUUUUGGGGCAAGACAUCUCUAAAAGCUUGUUUUUCAAAUGAUGGACUGACUGAUUGAUUCUAGUUAAACACAUGGCUAGUUCAAGACGAUAACCUUGAGCUAUGUUAACAGAUUUGAGACCUUAAAGAAGAAAAGACUGUCAGGGACAGUCCAUAUAUAUGUUGGCCUAUUCUGAUGUCUUAAUGAUGACCACUCCUGCUCAGGCUGCACAGAAAAGGGAAUUUGGUUCCAGAAAUGCAUUCCAAUUGUUCAGAUAAAAUAUAACGGAUAGAGUUCUACAGGAUGGGGUAUUAGUGUGUGAAAACAGUCCAGAUCCAGUAAUCCUCAGAUGGUGGAGAUGUCAGGCGCCAUCCUAGGCAUCUUCACUUGGUCACAAGUGGUCGAAAGCUAAUUUCGAACACUACUGAGAAUGUGAAGAGACGCGGGUGGCGCUGUGGUCUAAACCACAGAGCCUAGGGCUUGCCGAUCAGAAGGUUGGCGGUUUGAAUCCCCGCGACGGGGUGAGCUCACGUUGCUCAGUCCCUGCUCCUGCCAACCUAGCAAUUCGAAAGCACGUCAAAGUGCAAGUAGAUAAAUAGGUACCGCUCUGGCGGGAAGGUAAAUGGCGUUUCCUUGUGCUGCUCUGGUUCACCAGAAGCAGCUUAGUCAUGCUGACCACAUGACCUGGAAGCUGUACGCUGGCUCCCUCAGCCAGUAAAGCGAGAUGAGCACCGCAACCCCAGAGUCGUUCACGACUGGACCUAACAGUCAGGGGUCCCUUUACCUUUACUGAGAAUUUGAUAUUUCUGGAAAAUAAUUCUGAGUAAAUGUAAAAUUUACAUCAGGCAUAGGCAAACUCCAGCCCUCCAGAUGUUUGGGACGACUACAAUUCCCACCAUCCCUCACCUGUCUUGUUAGCUAGGGAUGAUGGGAGUUGUAGUCCCAAACAUCUGGAAGGCCGGAGUUUGCCUAUGCCUGAUUUACAUUAUGCCAGUGAGCACUGUACAACAGUGGCCCAGUGUUGUGGUAAUAUGUGCCUUAUAGACUUGCAAGCUCUUUCCUUCCCCAGUUUGCAUACAAGUUCUCCCUCCGUUUGCUUUUCACAGGCAGUGUUAAGACUCCUUCAAACUAGAGUUUGUUAGAAGGCAGCUUUUCAAAGUGCUAUUCAAGCUAACCAUGGUAAGUGUAAAUGUCAAUGGAGAAAUAGCACAUCUUGGUAAGCAGAGCAGGGGAUUAAUGUGCAAGCUUGUCGGUGAUUCCAAUCUCUUACCCACAGUUAGGGUAAGGAUUAAUAUUUUUUGCAACAUUACAAAGCUUUAGUAAUCCAUGCCGUGGCCUCAACAAUGCACUCCUUGGAAAAUGGUGUAAAGGCUGGGGGUGGAAGAAGAGAGCUGUUUAAAAGUUACAAUUUAUCAACUGGUGCUCUAUUCACACUGAUAUGUUGCAGUUGUCAUUCAGGAUCACAGUGGGCAUGGUUAUGCCGAUUGUUGAUUAAACUUCACUCACUUUGACUGAAAAACUCCACCAACGGUUGCACGUCCUACGGCCACAUCACACAGAAUUAGUAGGGCUUCUGCCAAAAGUGGGCAGGGAUGCCUUCCAGUAUUUGAUUACCUUUUGCACAAGUGUCAGUUGCAAUGUAUAUAUCACUCUGCACUGAGCUAAGGUUAGGGGUGCUGCUCUGUUUACGUUGUAUGCACUCUUCUGAGGUCCAUUGAACCUCCCCGAGAAUUUUCAUUGCAGAAGUGAAAAUGCUCUUCACAAUCCAUGAGUUGGUUAGGUUUACGAGAACACCCAACUUAACUUUCACAUGACAUAAAUCGGUAGGCAUGUAAUUAAAGCUUUCAUUCAAAAAAGGCUUGGAUUAAAUAACAGUUUAUUUGAAUAGGAUGCCAGCCCAUUUUGGCCUUGAUUGCACUCCCCUUACAAAAUCAAAUUCAUAGUUUCGAAGUACUCCUGGCCUUGGCCUUGUUUUAAGAUGCCACCAGAAGUGCUUUCACCCAGCGUUGGCUGGUGCGUCAGCUUUUCCAUUCCUCUUACAGUCACUGUCCCACCUGGCCACAUCCCUUUGUGCAUUAGUUAUAUGCUUAUUGGGCCAUUCUUUGUGACAGUACCUUAGAUGUGGAACUCCCUGCUCUAAGAGGUUAGCUUAUUUUCCUCCCUCUCUGUAUUUUGCCAGGAAUUGAGGACGUUUCUUUUUAAACAAGCCUUUGUGUCUGCUGUUGCUUUAUGUAAUUUGUUUGUUGCAAGCUCCAGCUCUUCCUCCUUUUUGUUCUUCGAUGUUGCUUUUAGUAAUGGUUUGUGCAAUGGUUAGUUUUUUUAAAAAGGCGGAUUGUUAUUUUAUUUUUGUGCUUUUUAAAUACUUUUGUCAGCCGCUUUGAGCAACUUCUUUUGGAAAGGAAAAACAGAGUAUAAAUUUUGGUAUUUUGGUAUGAAUGAAUUAAAGUAACCGCACCUCAGAUGGUGGCAGGAGAUGAAGCAAGGCCUCAUUCGGUGGUUACAUUAAUGCAGGAGAAGGCAGCCCAUAAGGUACCCUUGAUCCAUGCAAAUCUUGCAUGACUUGUGGUUUGUAAAUACCUUAAGAGUUGCUUCACAACAAGAGCACUAGAAAGUUUAUUUUUAAAUGUAGGUUGGCAAUCUAAGAAUACUUGUAAUCUAGGUAAUUUGUGAAAGGCGACCGAAAAGAGGGUACAGAUCAGAAAAUCAGCACCUUUUCUGAACAUGUGGAGGGAGGGGUGCAUAAUCAGUGUCUUAAACUAACAGUAGUUAAUGUUACUCACAGUUCGUUAUUCUAGAUAUCUUGACAAACCACAUUUUUCCACACUGAAAGCUUCAAAAUUUCUUAAUGACAACCCAGGAGGAAGAUGUGCGUUUGUAAACCUUAGAUUCACUGUGGCUUGUUCUUGUCAUUUAGCAUGGUUUUGCAAAGAAUGCAUGUACUGUAUAUUUUUAGCAUUUGUGAGCUUUCAUUCCUUGUGUGUGUUCCGUUAAAGAGAUUUUAAGAUUACCAUUCUUUGUUGAUGACCAGAAAUCUUAGUCUGCUAAUCAUUCUAGGACUGAUCCUCAAACUAUGAGGGGCUUGGUAUUCUGAUGUGCACAUGAGGCUUUGAAAUAGCAUAUCUUCAGUGUAUAUUAAGAUAACAUUUUGUUUAAACCUGCUGCUAAUCCUGUCCAAAGACUGAAAGUGGAUAACUGGUAAUGUACCAAAAGUAAAUAAAAGCAUGUAAAACAAGCUGAAGUGCACAGAAUGAAAUCUCAUUCAUUCAUUGCAGACUUAGCCCAAGCUGUCAAAAUGCAGAAGUUUUAAACUUCUUGCAGAAUUUCUGAAAGAAGUCUAAAAUGCAGAUUUGAUGAUUCGCCAGGAAAGAGGAGUGCAGAGUUAUGGGGAAACCAGUAGGCAUUCCCCUUUGUAUAUAUGUUGCACUUGAUGUGCUGUUUGUGAUGAUAAAGAUUACAGAAGGUAAUACAAGAGGAGGUAGAACUUAAAAGUGCAAGAAGCAAAUACAUAUUUAUAUAAGUUCACAUUUAUAUCGCCUAAACUUGGCAUUAGAUCUGAAGUUUAAUUGCCCAAAUCCUAAAAGGAAAUUUUGCAUACAGUACUCAUGCAGGUGUGUGCCUGGGUACACAUUUCCCUUUGAACAUCUGCAUCUUGUUUAACUGGCUGGGUGUAUAUCUCUAUGUAUAUCAGGGAAUGUGCAUUCUCAUUCAGGACUUUCGUGUAACCAAAGCUUCAUCCAAUCCAGUAUUCUGGUUAAUUGAAAGAUUUUUACAGUCUUUAGCCUCCCAUCAAACUUAUGAAAUUGGCCAUGAUUACAGUCAUACCUCGGGAUGAAUACGCUUCAACUUAAAUAUGCGCACAGUCGCGUCUUACGUUCACUUCAGGUUGCGAACAGGGCUCCGGAACGGAUCCCGUUCGUAUCCAGAGGUACAACUACAUAUUGUUUUUAUUAAGCUUUAUAUGGCAGACAACACUGUUGCUAACAGUUCUCAAAUUUGGAAUCCUGAUAACCCUGUCAUGUGCUGAAGUCCUAAGGACCCACAACCAAACUAGCCUCAUAACAUGAAUUAAAUAGUAACUUGGAGUGCUUCUUUUCAGAGCUUGGUUUCGUGAACCAGUAGGGCAGGUGUUGGCUCUACCUUAAUUUCUAUAGUCAGCUGUAGCAGAAUUUAAAGUGCAGAGUCAUAGCUAUGUUGAGUAUAUGUUGUGCUAAGUAUCUGUGCUCUCCCCCCCACCCCAACAAGAUAUAUGCAGUUAUCAGGUUUAAAUCAGGAUGCAUCCUGUUACCUGGUUAACUGUAGAACUCCCUCUGCACAGAAUUGCAUCUGGCAACUUCACUGUAUAGCUUUUGGCAAAUGCUGAAGAUGCACCUCUGUACCCUGGUCUAAGAUGUGUGUUUUCAGGAUCCACCCUAUUCUUGUGACUGACAUUUGUUUUAAUGGUUGUUAGUUAAGAAUUUUAAAUAGUUGUAACCUGCCCAGGGACCUGCUAGCAAUGGGCAUGUGAGAGUACUAGCAACAAUAAUAACAGUGGUAAAAAUACUUGUUUUUUUGGGGGGGGUUGGUUUUUUUGCUUAUAAAUUGUGAAAUCUGUUCUGUUCUGUUACCAUGUAUGUGUAGUAUAAAGCACAUGGUAUGUGAACUCUCAAAAGACCUGGUUUACACACUUGAGUUGAGUUGAGUCUAUUAAAAAUCAUUGUGUCUGAGGCAAUGAGACACAAAAUAUAAACUCUGUAGGGUUGUUUUUGCUGGGCCACUCACACUUGUAAACUUGGCAGUUGCUAAGUUCUGAACAUGCACCAGCUUUAAGUUUGACCUCUUGAUUUCUAACUGUGCAAACGUUCCAGUACUACAGAAACGUGCACAUGUGAAUAGGACAUCACUGACCAAUUAAGAGCUAUUAUUGCUUUCUCACGUGAUUGUCUUCCAUGCCCAGGGAGCUUUAUUUUCGUGGGGGAUUGAUAGAAUUGAAACACAAGAUUCCCCACUGCAUUCUGUCCCAAAUUUUGCAGUAAUUUAUUGACAAAUCAAUACAUUGAAUAACUCACAGGCACAUUACAAGUGCAAGAUGGAUGUAGUUGCCUCCUCAUGAAAAAGUUCAUUAUCACUUCAAGAAAGUGAUGGUUUUUUAAAGAAUUAUUGUGUUGAAGUUAUUUGGAAUAGUAUUCCCCCAUUGACCAAAAACUAAGAAGGUCAGAAUAUUAACUUUGGAAAAGUAUAUGGCGCCAUAGACGUGGGGUGUCCUCCUAAACAAGGGCUGUGAUGGAUACUAAGGUUUAGGAAAAUGGUGAAAGCCACCAGGCUUAUUAUGUCUCUUAGGCCAGCAUUUGAUAUCUUAACCAGACUUUAUUUAAAAUGGAAAACUACUAAAUGUCAUUUGGGGCAGUUGAACUGGAUUGUUAUUAUUAUUAUUAUUAUUAUUAUUAUUAUUGUUUGCUUUUCUCACAGAAGUGAACUAAAGCAACUUACAAACACAUCAUAAACACUAAAACCAAAUUUAAAAAGCACAACCAAUUAAAACCUAAACAACGCAUCUCUACAAAUAAAGGACUGGUCUUACAGAUCCUGCUGCACUAAAAUAGGCCACAAUUACUUGAAGCCCUUCAAUUUAAAGACCAAAAGCCCUGGUUAAAAAAAAUAAAAAUUAUUAUUUGCUUGGCUCCAGUGUUUGAAAUUCCCCUGGUGCCUGGCAUGUUUUGCUACUGGUGCGGGCCAGUUGAGACCCUGGAGAUUUUUGGGUGCCAGGUUGGCAACCACUGUUUAAAAAACCUCUGCCUUAGUUCAUAGUUAAUACUAUUUCCGUUUCCCCUGUGUGUUACUUCUUCUUGCAUACUGGGGACCAGUGGGUUGUUGUAAGAGCAAGCUACAAUCAAGCAAUGUAGUUGAGAUCAUAGAAUCAUAUAAUUGUAGUGUUGGAAGGGAUGCUGAGGGCCAUCUAGUCAAACCUUCUGGCGAAUAGAUACUCCGUUGUGGCAACCGUAACCUAGAGCCCAGGUGCCAUUUGGCACCUAACUUAUAUAUCCGAGUUUCUAACACUGCUUGGCUCCUAAGCAUCAAUAAAAAUGGCACCAGGGGAGCCUCCUUGGGGAGAGCAUUCCACAGCCAGGAAGCCACCACUGAAACAGCCCAUUUUUGUGUUGCCCCCUCAUUGGAAGCAUGGACUAUGCCUGAUGCUCCAGAAUAAGCUUUGAAUAAUCUGAAGUAAUUGUUGAGUGAACCUUGAACCAUCUAAAUAAAUAAUAUUGGUAGUUUCAUAACAGCACCACCAAUGGCAUUUCCCCCUUUCUGUGCACUUUUAAUCGACACAUACAUUAUAUGGAUUUCAAGAGUUCUUUAAGAAAUCAGUAGCCUUUUUUACCAGUUAAAUUUUGUCCUCAUAGGGACCUUGACAUGAUAACCAUUUGCUAUUGACAGGAGUCCAGUGAAAGAUUGGAAAUAAAUCUGGGCCAAGUGAUUCACUCAGCAAGUCAUUCAUUCAUGUUAUUUGUAUGCUGCUUUCCCACAUAAAAUUCAUUCUCAAAGUGGUUUACAACAAAGGAAAGAGGAAAACAUUUCAAAACCAAACAGUGCAAAAAUAAUUUCAUAAUAGCCCAGCAAAACAACACAGUAGCAAAUAUAAUUACAUACAGAAAAUAAUGUUUUAGUACUAUAAAUAUAACAAAAUUACAUAACGACCAGCAUCCAAUAGCAAAAAUAAAAAGGGAACCUCUCAGGUUUAUUGUGUCACAGUGUGCUUGCUUUAUAUAAAGACAUUUUGUAGAGUAAAUCUGAUGCUUAAGUGCUUCUAUCUAGUGAUAGCAGGUUGCAACUGGAGGAGAGAAAGAGUCUGUGGGAAUUUGUCAUAAGAUAAUUUAAAAGGGAAAAAAAUAACUUCUGUACCAGUAACAUACGUAGAAAAUUUGGUUUGUGUCAAAUUUUCCAAAACUUUUGAGUUUAAAAACAAAGAAACCAAAAAAAAAAAUUAGGGUUUCUACUCACUUUUAAUUUUCUUUAGAAAGGCUUUGGAUCCCACAGCAUUUGCAACUAGGUAAAAGUAAAGGACCCCCGGAUGGUUAAGUCCAGUCAAAGGCGACUAUGAGGUGUGGCACUCAUCUUGCUUUCAGACCGAGGGAGCUGUCCACAGACAGCUUUUCUGGGUCAUGUGGCCAGCAUGAUUAAAUGGCUUCUGGCACAACAGAACACCAUGCCAAGUGCCAGAGCACACGGAAACGGUGUUUACAUUACCUUUUUAUCUUUACCUAUUUACCACUACAGUACCUUGAAUAUGUUUAAGUGCUUCACAUAUGUAGUUGUUACGCUACUGCUGUGAAGUCUAAAGAAGAAUUCAAAACUACUCUGAAUUAGACAGCUUAUUGCUUUUUUGUGAUCAGAGAAACAUUGUAUAAAAUAUGGAUGAGUAGCUUCAGCAAAAGAGAGAUAUAAUUUAAAUGGAAACCAUAAUCCAGGGUAAACUGUUUUCUAGAUUUGAGUGUAUCAGAAUGCAAACCGCUGCAAUUAUUAUUUAGUAAAGUGUUCCUAGAGUGCUGUGAUUUCUCCCAUUUGCAGUUAGUAAUAUGUUUUUGUUCAUCACUGAAGAGAAAACGGAACAUUUCCAGCUUUUGCAACUGAAUUACAGAGUUAGGAAGAAAGAAGUGUUUUGAAUUUGUAGACAAAUAGAGGGAAAUUCAUUUCAGAUUUUACUGCAGCUGUUCACAUUGCCACUUCACCUUGAAGAGCAAGUUGAUUUGUAGGCAGUGAGGAAUGUGCAGUGAAAACCAGAAAGUACAGCUCAAGCUGCCAUGCAGUCAUGGCAUAUAUGCAUGUCAUGCCGCCUGGACUGAAGCCCUACAACAUCUGGGAAAGCAAUAUAUUUCUGUAAUGUUUUCGUUGAACUGUUGAAAGCCCACAGAUUCAGCAAACAGGCGGCACAAUGGCUCUGUAGAUCUCUUUCACUCCUACCAAUAUCUUAAACAAGAAAAAUGAACAUGUCUCUCACGUAAUUGAAAUUUAGGAGAGGAAACAAGAUUAUGGCUUGGAUUGUGCUCAGCUAUGUUCUGCUUGAGGUAGAGAAAAGGAGGUGGAAAGCCACUUUUGGCUGAUUCCUCUUUUCCCCUGAAACGUUGAGGAUUAGUGGUGUUGGAGACUACAUGGGGAAGAGAGAAUCAGAUAAAAUGGUUACCUUGUGGUGGUGAUGGUUCUUAAUUAAAUUUCUGUAUUGCCCUUCAUCUGAGGAUCACAGGGCAGUUUACAAUAUAAAAUGGUUCCUUUGAGAAAUGGAAAGAGCCCUUCCCUUUGCAGAGGGAAAAGUUUUGUUCUAACCCUUGUAAAUGGGAAAGUCAUUGGUAAAAGUGCAACACACAUGGUAUGUUAAUUUCAAUUUAAGGUAGAAGAAUAACUGCCUAUGUUGAAGUGCAAGUUCAAGACUUUUAAAAUACAACUGUGUAAGACCAUUGAAGUGUGCGAGAAACUUCUAACAUGGUUCUUAUUUCACAUCACAUUCAUUGUAUAAUAAGUGAACUUAUAUCUACUUCUGUUUCCUGUUAAUCUUUUAUUGUUCCUUUCUACUUACAGGUAGGAGGAGACAAAGAGUACAUCGUCCACGUUCUCCAAUACUGGAAGAAAAAGAUGUCCCUUCUCUUGACUUGCCUAAAUCCUCAGAGGACUUAAUGGUGCCUAAUGAGCAUAUAAUGAAUGUUAUUGCCAUCUAUGAGGUACUGCGAAACUUUGGCACUGUCUUGCGACUGUCCCCUUUUCGUUUUGAGGACUUCUGUGCUGCUCUGGUAAGCCAGGAGCAGUGUACACUUAUGGCAGAGAUGCAUAUAGUGCUUUUAAAAGCUGUUUUACGCGAAGAAGACACUUCAAAUACUACCUUUGGACCUGCUGACCUCAAAGAUAGCGUUAAUUCCACAUUGUAUUUCAUAGACGGGAUGACGUGGCCCGAGGUUCUGCGGGUUUAUUGUGAGAGUGACAAGGAAUAUCAUCAUGUUCUUCCUUUCCAAGAGGCAGAUGACUACCCCUAUGGACCCGUUGAGAAUAAAAUUGAAGUCCUGCAGUUUUUAGUGGAUCAGUUUCUUACAACAAACAUUGCACGCGAGGAAUUAAUGUCGGAAGGUGUGAUACAAUACGAUGACCAUUGUAGAGUUUGUCACAAACUGGGGGAUUUGCUUUGCUGUGAAACUUGCUCAGCUGUGUACCACUUGGAGUGUGUGAAACCACCUCUUGAAGAGGUACCUGAGGAUGAAUGGCAGUGUGAAGUUUGUGUAGCACAUAAGGUGCCUGGUGUAACGGACUGUAUUGCUGAAAUCCAAAAAAAUAAACCAUACAUUCGACAUGAACCUAUUGGAUACGACAGAAACAGGCGGAAAUACUGGUUCCUGAACAGGAGGCUUGUUAUGUAAGUAAACGUUCUAAGCACAGUAACAAUAUUGGUGCAUGGUGGAUUUUCAAGAAGAUGGGAUUUUCUUUUAUAUUGGGCCAAAAUUGUGUUUUAUAUCUUCAUUCAGUAGAAAUUGCACUGCGGGGGGUGAGGGGCCAAUGGCGAAAUGAAGUGUCCGUCACUGAAAAAUACCAGGAUCCUGCUUACAGUGUUUCAAAACAAAAGUUGUGGUUUAGAAACAUAAGAUCUGGUCUGGCAACAGAAAACUUGUGUUAUCCUGUUAGUGUUUGUAUUUAAUGUUUUUUGAAUGAACAAGCUUAACAGCAGUAUUGCUUUCUUUUUCUCCAAAGUGACAAUUUUCUAACCCUGAGAGUACUGCUGAAAUUUUAGUAUUUUGUGAAUCCAUUCUUUCCUUCUUAUCUUUCUCAUAACUUACAAAUUCAAGCCUAGGCAGUGACUUCAUUUAAAUCCAAAUGCAACAUAGCUGCUAUGUUAUGACCCAGGUAGUAGAGCUUAGUGUGCAAAGUCAUUUUUUGUAGAGGCAUGAUUGCAGAACCCUGAGAUUUAGAAUGCAUCAGAAAAGAUUACAAAUUGCUGAAUAUCAACAAAAGCCCAAGGUCCAGAUCACUGAUUCUUCUAAGAAUAAAAUUUUAAAUACCGUUUAUUUUAAGAGUCUCAGUUGGAAAAAGAAAUUGCAACUCUGCUGACACCAUUAUCAGGCAACUAAGCAGCUUUUGGAGCAAUGCAAUUCUCACACCUCACACCUGAUCUCAUAAAACAGCAAUUUGAAGUACAUAGAAGUCAAAUAAAAUGAGUAAGAAACCCUGCCUGCCACCUGUGUUUCUUUCUGCAAAUGGUGUCAGGCUACCAGGGGUGGUGAUUCCAUCCUGUCUUUAGAGUCAUUAAUACAUUUUUCUGAUGUGAUGGUAGGCACUUCAAGGCAUUGUAAAAAUGCUUUGUUGAGUGCGGGUUUUUCCCCUCAUUACCACAUGAACUGACCCAUGAACUGGAGGUCCCCAUCCCUGUUCUAAAUCACAGUUUAGUGUAAUGUGAAUGAACCCAGGCUCUGGGGCUCUCUUGCUCCCCUUCCUCUUUCCCUGCCUCUGGUGUGGCUAUGAGGAAAUGUUUUUGCUUCCUAAUAUAGCAGUAAGUUUUAUGUACUCCAUGGCUGCACGAAACUAAAUUCUGUGCAGGCCAUCCAAAUUAUUCUCCAAGAAAAGCUAGAUUCUGUAUAUAUUAUGCAAAUGGACUAAGUUUGUAUGAUUUCCUUUUAGGUUAAAUUAAUUUAUACUGCAUUGGCUUCCUAUUUUAUAAAAUCUAUGCUGAUUUUGCCAGUUGGGGAUGGGUAAGGACUCUGAAGUCCCCAUCCCCCCCGCAAUCUUUGAAAACUCUUACUCUGCCUUUUCUGGCUUCUGCGAUUUCAGCACCAUUGCUUUUAUACUUUCAAGAAAGUCUUUUACAUGUUGAAACAUCAUUUUAAAAAAGAAAGAAAGCAGAAGCUUCCUUCUCAGGAAGGUGAAUUUUGUGCCCACUACCAAAUUCAGUGUUUUUUCAGUGGCAUAGAGUCCUGAAUUUAACUGACUGGUAUUCAUAAUUUGCCAAAACACAAAAAGUUAUUUCAGUUUAUUAUAUAAAUUGUAUUUAAUGCAGUAGUAAAUUCUCUUCAUUUUGAAAGAGCUAAAUGACACUCUGUACUAGAUGGCAGCUUUCUCAAUGCAUCUUCCUGUAGUAAAAACUCAUAUAUGAGAUCAUCAGGCAUGAAAUCUCAGCUUGUAUGAGGAUUUCAUACUACAGUGGUACCUUGGUUCUCGAACUUAAUCCGUUCUGGGAGUCCAUUCGACUCCCAAAACAGUUCAAAAACCAAGGUGCAGCUUUCGAUUCGCUACAGGAGCUUCCUGCACUCAGUCGGAAGCCGUGUCGGACAUUCGGCUUCUGAAAAACGUUUGCGAAUUGGAACACUGACUUCUGGGUUUGCAGCGUUCGGGAGCCGAUUUGUUCAGGAGCCAAGCCGUUCAACAACCAAGGUACCACUGUACUUCAUAUUUUGAAGAAUCAACCGUUGGACCUUUUUUCAGUGCAAAGUUGCUGUCUUUCUCUGUAAACCCACAUCCAUUUGUAGGCAUGUGAUCUUACCACUAAUGAGUACAGUAAAUAUCUGUAGAAAGAAAAGAUGGCACUCUGGAUAAAGCCCUUGUAUUUUGAUCAUUUGAGAGGACGUAUCUGCUUCUCAAGGAGUUUCCUUUACCGUGAAUAUAAAAAACUCGCAUUGAUUCCUACCAGAUUCAUUGUUGGCUUGCAGACAGCCAGUGAUCUAUUCACCUAGGACAGGGGUCUGCAACCCGCGGCUCCAGAGCCGCAUGUGGCUCUUUUACACCUUUGCCGCGGCUCUGGGGCGGAUACUAGCGAGGGGAGGAGGCGCAUUGUGCGCUCCGACAUUCCCCACUGUGGCGGGUGCUGUACUGGCUGUGACGUCGCAUGGGGGCGGUGCGUGCAUUAGUCACGCACCGUCCCUACGUCACCUUCCUGCCCGCCCACUACAUUGUAAGGGGCAUGUACGCUGGUCACUGCAUUGAAAGGGGGCAUGUACGCUGGUCACUGUUUUGAAGGGGAGUGAAGAACACACACACACACACAAAAAGGUAACUUGUUAAUUUAACGUUUAUUUCUAUGAGGAGGAGUAAUUCUGAGGGGUCAAACAAAGAAAUAAGAAAAAAGUGACAAAAAAGUUCAUUUUAUAAUGACGAGUUUUGCGGCUCCCAGUUUUUUUUUCUUCGCAAACGGGUCCAAGUGGCUCUUUUUGUCUUAAAGGUUGCAGACCCCUGACCUUGGAUGAGCAAAAAUUGCCUCUAGGCAACAGGGCAGAGAAUUUUUUAUGAAACUGAAAAACUUUUCUUUUUUAUUCAAACAUCUUACACUGGUACUUGAGAAAAGGCAUGCCAUUUAAAAAAUUGUAAGCAGCAUAGGAGAAUGGGCCAGUCUUUGACAUGGCUCAUUAUUUAUUUAUUUUUUAAGUCUGCUGUAGCAGUAUAGUGUUGAAUAUAGAUAAUAAAAUUUUCGAGAACGACUCUUUACUUUGUUUCCUACAAGCAUAUGGUUAUAAUUGAUGUCCAAACACAAACUGCUUUUAGUCUUAAGAAUAUGAUAGCAAGUAAAUUUCAAUCCCUGAUUUACAAAGCUGGCUUAUUUUCAAUUAGUAUAGUUAAUGAUGAAGUGCAGUUUAGAGUUCAGGUGUAAUACUGAACACUGGCUAAUCAAGAAUGGAAAAGAAAGCUUCUGAUUGCCUCCUCGCAUCUGUGCCAGUGGAGAAUCAUACGAAUCUGAAGUAGACCCAGGGCAGAUCUAAACACGGGAGGAAAUGCUAUAAAUAAGUCAGAAAUUAGAUCAUUUUAGCAAAAGAAAAAAAUCACUAUGGAAAACUAUGUUUUAAAAUUUCCUGUUAUCUGGCGCCAUCUGGUGUUGCAUGUUUGUAGCGCAUUCAGUUCGCUGCAUCUUUAGUAAUGUAGCUGAGUCCCCUUUCUAUGUAAAGCCUCAAUAUCUAAAGAUACUGCCUUAAGCCAUGUAAGAGGGGCUUGUUGAAAAAUCUUGUUGGUUUUCUUUACUGAAACAUAGUAACAGUUCAGUGACCCAGUGGUAAAACUCAAGUGCCUCAUCUUCAAAUUUAGGCCAGACUCUUUGGGUGCUCCUGAUACUUCUCUUGUUAGAAUUCUUUGAUAUUUUGAUUAAGACUGCAGUAUAAAUCUUUAAAGAGAUAAUUACACAUAAUAAAUUUGCAGUGCACGCUAGGGAAAUGAAUUGGGGGGCUCCCAUAUCAAAGUCUGAAUGGAAAAUGCAUGCCUGAUCAUCUAAACCUGCUGCCUGAUCAUUUUUAACUUUCAGUUGAGCCUGAGACCCUCUGCAUGUGAAGCAUGCACUCUGCCACUGAACUCCUGGGCUCCAUACCAAUUGCACCAGGCAGUCAUGCAGACAUCUAGAUACAUGACAAAGAAGUAGACACUUUAAUUCAUAAGACUUCAUUGUUUGCAGUAGGACAUGUUGUAGGCUGAGGUGCUCAAGAACUUAAAUGCAAUUUUGUAUGCAACAUUAGGAUUAAAGCCAUUGCAUAUAGCAUUUCAUAGCUUGUUCUUCCAAGUUUCAGACAGGGUGGAGCAAAGCAGGAGUCAUUGAGCCAUGUGCAGUAACAUAUUGGUCAUUCGUAGUAAAGUGGGGUUUGUUGCUUAUCAUGAUGUGUGAGCAGAGCCUAUGGGCAGCCACAUUGGAUCUUCUCCCAGGUCUCCUCCACUCCCUCCAUCCUCUUUCCCACCUUAAGGGCUUUUUAAAAUAUUAUUUCAUCUUUACUCUCAUCUCAUACGUACAUUUGUUACUUGCUUCUUGGAUUUAUAAAAAGAAGCAAAGGUCAUAUAAUACGAUUAAAUUUUAAAAGUGAAUUAUUUCCUCAAUGCAUAGUGUGGAUUUGUUAAAGUGGCAGAGCAUUAUUUUUUCAGACCAUAUCUGUAAUUCUUGCUUUGGAGCAUCCCCAAAGCUCAGCAUGAUAUCGAAAAUAAGAGAAUGGGCAGGGUCAGUCAUGACAGCAGAUUUCUUCUGACUACCAAGAUUGGCUAAAUGUGAUGUAAAGUAAUAAUGCCUGUACCCAAAGUGCUUGCCCUCCACUUAAUGAUUCUGAUUUGUGUGAAAUAGACAGUCACCAUAUUUUUGCUAUACAAUUCCAAGUCAUCAAUAAUUGGACCAGAGUAACUGGUUGUACAAGGACUUCAUGGUGAAUAAAACCUAUGUUGAGAUUUUUCUUAGGUGAGAAGCCACAGAACAUCCUGGAAGAAAUAAUCAUUUCUUCGAAUGAUUCAGUGUCUAAUUUUUGAAAUUAUCAUUGAAAAUUCCUUUUGUAUGGGAAUGUCAUAAUACUUUAUAGUACGGUGUGGUAAAGAAACAUAUUAUUUGUGUAUUGGAAAGGGAAGAAAAGGUUUGUGUUUUGUGAUAAUACAAUUUUUAAAUGUGGCAACUCAUAUUAUGCAGUUGAAUUAUGGAAGAAUUGAAUUAUGUUAUAACAUUUUUUAGAGUUUGGUAAUAGCUGUUUGUGGUAAACUAAAAAUACAUGCUCAACAGUGAACUUACGAUAUGAACUCAGUUAUUCUUUUCAUUCCUGUUUCUUUCCCAGUAUAUACAUAUGUUUCAUUGCCAUUUGUCUCAUAAACAAUUAUUCUAAUACUGUCACAGAGAGGAAGAUUCAGAGUGUGAGAAAGAUAAGAAAAUCUGGUACUAUAGCACAAAAGUCCAGCUGGCAGAAUUAAUUGAAUGCCUUGACAAAGAUUACUGGGAAGCUGAUAUCUGCAAAACUCUGGAAGAAAUGCGUGAAGAAAUACAUCGGCAUAUGGAUAUAACAGAGGACCUUACCAAUAAAGCACGGGGUAGCAACAAAUCUUUUCUUGCUGCAGCAAAUGGUAAGAAUCUACAAAACUAAUCCUGAAUUGCUAACAGCACACAAUGGAUUAUCGAGCGCAUUUUGAAUUUCUACCUCAUUGACGUGUAUUCUAGUGAAGAAAGGUUUAUGAGGAAAAGGGCAUGUCUGUUAAAAUUGGGAAGGCCAAGUUCCACAGACUGCAUUUAUAGUGCCACUGGAAUACAUUUAGCCUUUAGGUACAUUUGAGAAGGUUCAAUUAAACCUGUUAGGCCUUAAUAGAUUUUUUCAGGGAAAUGGGCGAGCAUUGGUCCAGGGCUACCCUUGUUGCUGCCCCAGAAAAAGCGCUAACUUAUGCAGACUUUGUUUAAUAGUGCAAAAAACCCGAGAAACUGCAGGGGAUCUAUAUACAGAAGGUGACUUCUCUGCUCUUUUCAGGAGGAAACAAAUUGAAUGGUGUUGGCUGUGGAACUCUGUGUGUGGGGGGGUGUAUUUAAAGAUAAAAUGGUAUAUUUUUGCUCUUAAGCAAAAGAUAAAAUGUGAUUCUUCCUCUAACACCUGUAGUCUACAGAGCUCUUCCUGAUGACUUUAAGCUUGUCUUUUUCACUCCUAAAUAUAGCUAGCUGUAGUGUGCCUUUGAAAAAUAGUCACCAGUAUAGUGUUUGUCACUUAUCAGUUUCCUUAGUUGAUCAUAAUACCUAGUGGCAUUUACAAAACCUCCACUGCUUUAUAGAAGAAAUAAUACUUCAGUCUUAAGUGGCUCAGUAUGGGCAAGACCACCUGCUCCAUACUUUUUAUUCACAACCAUCCCUUCUUGGCAGUGUUCUGUUUUGUAACAGCCGUAGCAAAUUUUUGUUUCUUUGCAAACGGUUGGAUUACUGGCUACAUCUAGGCUGGGUGCCUUAAAACAGGGCAACAGCUGGAGACAUAAACUGAGCAUCCUUUUGCUUUUGGAGAAACCUGCCUUUUGGAAGAGCGCAGCUUUUUUCUCAAGUCUGCGCUUGUUUCAAACCAAAUGGAUUUCUUGGUGGCACUAGGAUCUUAGUCUAGUUCUAGAGCACUGAAAAUAUUGCAGCGGAUAAAUAAAUUGAGGGCAGGAGCAGGUCAGAUUGAUUAUCAUCCUUGUUGGAAGAGUUGCUAACUUGAGGUUUCCAUAAUCCCACAGCUCAGCCUUAUUUUUCAGUCUUUGCAUGUUUGGAGCCAGAUUAGUGUUCAGGAGCCACAGAUUUGUAGAUCUGUUAGCUUACUAUAUAUGCAUGUUAUCAAAACUUCAAUUAAUCUGCAGAAUCAAUAGCAAUUAAUGCAUGUUCCCUGAUAUCGCUUGUAGAGUUGUAGAUUAUCCAUAUUGACUGAGUGAUGUACACAAAAUUCCAUGUUUAUGUUGUCAGUUUGCAAUCCCUGCCAUUUUUGAGACUAUGUAUACAGGUAACUUGCAAUUUACGUGCAUUUAACUUGUGCAUAUUCGACUUUACACACUUGGCAAAAAAAUUAAAAGGGAUCUGGGUGUCCAGGGAAGAAGAACUUUGGCAGUCCCGUCCGCCAUUGCACCCAGUGUGUUUUGACUAUACAAGAUUUUGGUGUUCCAUGUUAUCCCUGGAACAUAACCCCGAUGUAAAUUGAGAGUCGCCUGUAUGGACUUGUAAUCCACCUGUUAAAUGACUUUUUAAAAAUUACAUGUGCAAACAGUACUUCACAAAUGUCAAUUGCACUGUGGACCAUGUAUCCAAUUGUUAGCUGGGUCUGGCAGGGGUUAAAAUGGAUACUUCUGGAGCCCCUAGUCUUUGAACUAGGUGUCUAUUGUCCGUUUUUUGCUUUAGAAGAGAUUCUGGAAGCAAUCAGAGCCAGAAAGGGGGAAAUACCAGAAGAUAAAAGCUCAAUAGCUGAUGAAACGGAAAAGGAAAAGGCUAGUGUUGAGAAUAAAGACAGUACAGAUACUGAUAAUGGCAAAGAGGAACUUUCGAAUCAACUGCUGGAUGUAAACAAAGAAACGCCACCAGAUGAAAGUUCUGAAAAAGGAAGAAAGGAAGGUAAAGACGAUACUUGCAAAAUUAACAUAUUUUCUGCAGUAGUGUUUACUCCCGUGUAUUUCUUUUUAAUAGCAUUUAUUAUUGUAUCUUUUGGUUUGUCAACAAUUUCAGAUUUAGACAGACAUUCUUCUCAUCAUCACAGAAUCAGCUCUCAUUCCCCAGUGACAUAGUCCAAGCAGUUUUCAUGAACUUUCAUUUCAGUGUAGGUAAAACUUGGCAUCUUUGUAUAAGCCAGUUUUUAAAACACCUGUUGCACUUUGUUACUCAUUUGUUACUGUAGAGCAAACAGAUGCUAUAGAUAAAAGCAACUCCGUGACAUCAGCUGUUGGAGGCAACAGCGUAGAUCCUCCUGCUGGAGAGUCUAGUGCUUCUGAAGGAAAGAGUGCAGUCGGAAAUGAGUCAGAAAUCCUGGAUGAUAAUGAGGCGAACAAGAAGCUGGUGACAUCAGAGGCCCUCAAGAAUGUCUCAGGUACAGAAAAUACCUCUGUAAUUUAGAGGAGCAUCGGCGGUUUGAAUCCCCGCGGCGGGGUGAGCUCCCGUCGUUUGGUCCCAGCUCCUGCCCACCUAGCAGUUCGAAAGCACCCCUAAGUGCAAGUAGAUAAAUAGGUACCGCUUUAUAGCGGGAAGGUAAACGGCGUUCCGUGUGCAACACUGGUGCUGGCUCAUCAGUGCAGCUUCGUCACGCUGGCCACGUGACCCGGAAGUGUCUUCGGACGGCGCCGGCUCCCGGCCUCUUUAAGUGAGAUGAGCGCACAACCCUAGAGUCGGUCACGACUGGCCCGUACGGGCAGGGGUACCUUUACCUUUACCUUUAACAGUUAUGUAAAUGGAAAUCACCUAAAACCACUUACAGUGUAUGCUAUUUGUGCUGCUUGUUUGCACUGCCAUCCCUGACACUCUGAUAGGUUUGUCUUCGAUUGAAUUAAUAGUACCCCAGAUUUAAUGUGGAUAGACUUGUGUUGCUGCAUCCUUCAAAUAUUUGGGAUUUACAGUGGUACCUCAGGUUACAUACGCUUCAGGUUACAGACUCCGCUAACCCAGAAAUAGUACCUCGGGUUAAGAACUUUGCUUCGGGAUGAGAACAGAAAUUGUGUGGUGGCGGCAGGGGGAGGCCCCAUUAGCUAAAGUGGUGCUUCAGGUUAAGAACAGUUUCAGGUUAAGAACGGAUCUCUGGAACGAAUUAAGUACUUAACCCGAGGUACCACUGUACUACUAUUUAUUUCAGCCAAAGCCGUUACGAAUGAUAAAAUACAUAAAACAGAAUGAAAGCAGAAUAAAAUGCAUGACAUGGUUAAAAUAAUUAUUAAAAUCAGGCAUCCUGCCCGAUAAGAGUUUGAUUACCCCGAAGAAUUUAACUUAUCCCCACAAACUUUUCUCCUUAAAAUUGACACUCUAAAGGCAGAACAGGCCACUUUUUGUGAGGUGUAAGGGGACUUGUUCCCUAAUAAAAAGUUUAUCACAUACUCAUCUCAAUCUCCCAACUGGGAGAUUUAAAUCUUUGCUCUUGGGUCCUCGUAGAUUGGGCAUACCAGUAAGUAGUAGAGUAAGUCUUCAGGCACAUUACCUCCACAUGGGCAAACUCUUUCUUCAUAGGGGAAUUUGAAAUUACGUUUCGCAUGGAUUUGCACUCAGUUUAUUUUUAGAACUCCCAGAAUGCAUUGGCUCAUAUUUUAGUAUGGUAUGCAAAGGAGUGAGAGCCUCCUGGGCGGCACAGCAUGAUCCCAUGGAUGCCGUGUUGGGGACAUCCAACAGUUGAAAUACCUGGUGUAAUGGCCGAGAUUGUAGAGUAUGCACACAGAAAUGAACGUGAAUAGAUCAGAAUCAGUGUCAUCGAUCUCAUGCAUGUGAACCUCUUUCAGAAAGAUUUGGAGAAUGUGUAAAUAGGGGGGAAGUAUCAUUGUAUAGAAAUGACGGCAAUAUAUUAUUUUUAUCUGAUAGAUAUAAAGACCAGUUGGGAAACUAUGUCUCUAGGGUGCUAUUCCACGACUGCAGAAGUUGUGAAUACCACAGCAAUAUGUACAUUUGCAUGGAUGUUUCUUGCCCAACUAGCAGCCUCAGCAGCUUGUUGUGAACCUGUUAGGAGUUGUUUUGUUGCCCAGUAAUCUGAGAAUUUACUUUCUUGAAUAAUGUGGUAUCAUCUUCAGUGCUGGCCAUCUUGAUAUUUCAUCCUUGAUUUCAGGUGACUCAUGAUAAGAUUGAUAGCAAUGAUUCAAAAAUAAUUGCCCCUCUUUUAGUUCUGUUCAUAAUUAAAAUACUUUUGUUUAUUCCUUCCUAUCCUCUUACUCGUGUCUGCCACGUAUUCCUUUUGUGCAUUGGAGACUGUCUUCAGUAAUCCUCUCUGUAAGCUCUCCCACCUAACCAAAAUAUACAGCUCCCUUUAUGUAAACAUGUAUCUGGGAAAAGUUGUAGUCCAACCCUCAUCCCAUGUAAUCGUUUCAGUGUUCAAAGUGGGUGUGCAUACAAAUUCAACCUUUCUUCUUCUCCCACUCCCCAAUGGGAUUUUUCAGAAUGUGUAAUUUGGUUAUUAAUCAUGUUUGCUAAAUGCAGGAAUAACAAUGUGCUUAGCUUUUGAGCUAAAAUAAGAAAUAUAAUGGCUUUAUAGAAGAAGGUGCAUGCAAUUAAAAUAUAUACAACACCUGUUGACUUAAAUUCAGAAAUAAAUUAUCAUUUAUAUUCUCCUACUAUCGAUGUUUCAGCACCUUUUGAUUUCAAGAUGUUCAUCUUGCAUUUUAAAGUGCCCUUCAUGUAAUACUACGUACAUAAAUAGUUCCUAUCUUUCACAGAUGAAACAGCUAAGAUGGUUCCCAGCCUGAACGUUGGUUCUUCCACUGAAGCACUUUUGUCUGAUCCAGAAAACAGCUGUAGCAAUGUACUAAAUUCCAUGCAGGAUGAAUCAAUGAAGGCUUCUGAUGAAGUGGAAAAUAUUGAAGGAGGAUCUCAGAGCUCAGAGGAGCUAGGUAAAAAUAAAGCAGUCUGUCUUUAGAGUAGCUCAGGCAUAGACAAACUCAACCCUCCAGAUGUUUUGAGACUACAAUUCCUGUCAUCCCUGACCACUGGUCCUGUUAGCUAAGGAUGAUGGGGUUGUAGUCCCAAAACAUCUGGAGGGCUGAGUUUGCCUAUGCCUGGAGUAGCUGAUUGCUGCUCCUAAAAGGACACGUUUCAGCAAUAUCUGUACUAAUUGGCCUUUCUCUCUCCUGUUUAAGUGGGUGGUUUGUUUUGGUUUUUGACAGGGGAUAGAUCUAACAGUGAACGAAGUGAAUCUCCAAACACUGGAAGAGGCACACCGGGUUCAACACGAAUGGUCACCAGGUUACGAAAUCCGGAUAGCAAACUCAGCCAGCUGAAAAGUCAGCAAGUUGCUGCUGCUGCACAUGAAGCAAAUAAGCUAUUUAAAGAAGGCAAAGAGGUUUGUGUUAAUUUUCAGACUUUUUACUGCAGAAAUACUCCUGUUCACGGAAAGCAAAAUGAAGAUGGUCACCUGGUGGCUUCUACUGGGUGGUGAAAACUAACAGCACAAUCUUAUUCAUGGCUAUUCAAAAGUCAGCUCUAUUGAUUUUAACGGAAACUAUUCCUGGGUAUAGGUAGAGUUUGUUUCUUUAGGAAAAUCAACUUUGAAGACAAGUUUAUCCUUAGCCUAAGUUCUUACAGUCAGAGCCUAUUUCAUCCUGUGCACGUAUUUUUAGAUUAAGAGCUGCAUUUUCUAAUCCUCGACAUUACAUUCCCUAAAGAUAACAGGGAUUGGGCUAACACUAAAAUCUAAGACCAAAGAUUGUAAUUUUUAAAAAUUUGUGUGCAUUUUGUUUUUUAUUUCAAUAAGGUCCUUGUGGUUAAUUCCCAAGGAGAAAUCUCCCGACUGAACACAAAGAAAGAAAUAGUGAUGAAAGGAAACAUCAGCAAUUAUUUCAAACUAGGCCAAGAAGGGAAGUACCGUGUGUACCACAAUCAAUAUGCCACCAAUUCUUUCGCUUUGAACAAGCAUCAACACCGGGAAGAUCAUGACAAGAGGCGACACCUCUCUCACAAAUUUUGUCUGAGUCCUGCUGGAGAGUUCAAAUGGAAUGGCUCUGUCCACGGGUCAAAGGUUCUCACGAUAUCCACCCUGAGAUUAACAAUAAUUCAGCUAGAGAACAACAUCCCAUCCUCAUUCCUUCACCCCAACUGGGCUUCACACAGGUGAAUAUAUUUGUGAUUUUCAUCAUUUUUUAUGCAGUGGUUUUUAAAAUUAUAUAGGUUGGAUCCAGACUUGCUCCUGUAUGAACCAUUUGUGCAGGAACCUGGGAUCCAGAAGAGCUUCCCUGCUGGCAGAAGCGGGGGGGGGGGGGGGGGGCGGCACAAUAGUUUUUACCUAUUCCUCGUUUCCCUCGGGAACACUUUCCAUGCUGUUCUGCAGGCUUUUCAGGGGCACGGGCUGCUACAUGGGAAGGCUGGAAUUUGCAAAAAUAUAUAUAUAUAUAUAUAAUUUAUUUAUACCUCGCCCAUCUGGCUGGGUUUCCCCAGCCACUCAGGGCAGUUUAGUUUUAAAGUAUGCUAUUGACAUAUCAUUUGUCCUACUGUAUGCAGCGAAUGCAGGGCUGAUAAUAUUUUUGUCACCUGUAGGUCUAAUUGGAUCAAGGCUGUGCAGAUGUGUAGUAAACCUAGAGAAUUUGCAUUGGCUUUAGCUAUAUUGGAAUGUGCAAUCAAGCCAGUUGUCAUGCUGCCAAUCUGGAGGGAGUCCUUGGGACACACCAGGUAAGAUGUCUGAAUGAGUGAAAAACAUAAGUCUACAUUACAAUAUGUGCAAGUACUGUACUGGAGAAUUUAACACCAUUAUAAAAAACUCUGGUCAGGCACACUGAAAAUUCACAGGCACAGUUUUUGCAAUAUGUUCGCCACCUGGAAGUUGACUCGUGUCAGUUAAUCUCAGCAAUGGAAAAACUACUUUGAAAGUUCAACAACAGUGUACUUUAAAUGCUCUUGACUCAACUGCAUUUGCUGUUUGUACAGCAGCGUGCAGCUGUUUGUGUAUCUGUAGUAUAACUGGCCCAAAAGAAUGUGUAUCUUGCGAUUAGGUUGCGCAGAAUGACAGCUAUUGAAAGAGAAGAAAAGGAAAAAGUGAAAAAGAAGGAAAGAAAACAAGAGGAAGAAGAAACCAUGCAGCAAGCAACAUGGGUGAAAUACACAUUUCCUAUCAAACAUCAGGUACAGAUUCUGCAUAGUAAUCUUAAGUAAAUGUUUUUAGCAGAUUUCCGCUCUUCCUUUAUUAAAUUUAAAAGGCUGUAUGGGAUGGGGGGGUGUUUUUUUAACACGGUGAGUAAUAGGAUCGAUGAAAAGAGAGAACUUGAGACUGAUUCAUGUCUUGGCCAUUGUUUAAUUGGAUAAUAAUCCAUGAUGGAUUGUAAUCUUACUUAGGUGAUAGAAGAGAGAUUUCACCAAACAUCUUUGAUACUGUAUAUGCAUAGGAUGGGAUUUAUAUAUCCCAGUUCCAAGUGUAAGAGAAAUUUGAGACAGGUCAAGAUCCCAUGUACUCCAUCUAUUCAAUGAAGAUGAUUUCCUUUUCCUUCUAGCCCCAUGACAAAAAAGCCUAAAAACAAAAUAUAGUAGCAUUUAUCUAUUAAGAGUUAUCCAUAACAAUCACUAAGAAGUCUAUGUGGAACCCUUUGGUAAGCCCUUCUAAAAAAAAAGUCCUGAGUAGCUGCAUAGAUACACCCCUAGUAUUCUUUGUGUGGAAAUCGGGGUUCUAGGAACCCAACUGGUCAUGGCAAAUCUGCAUCCCUUAAAUCUUGUUGCUUUUCUGUGUGCAUUACUGUUGGGAGCAGAGGCAAUUGUUCUAGUAGUGUGCUCAGUCCUUUUUCAUGCAUGUAUGUUGCAGAUCUGUGUUGUAGCCGAAGUUUAAGCAGUUUCCUGCAGCAUUUGUUGAAAAGCCAUCUUUUAUUUUUGUAAUUGUAUAUAAGCUUUUAAAGUAAAUUUAUUAUUUUAAAAUGUAUCUGUUAAUGCUUUACAGGUUUGGAAACAAAAAGGAGAAGAAUAUAGAGUAACAGGGUAUGGUGGAUGGAUCUGGAUUAGUAAAACUCAUGUUCAUAGAUUUGUACCAAGAUUACCAGGAAAUACUAAUGUCAAUUACAGGAAAUUACUACCAGGUGGGUGUUAAAUAUCUUUGCUUUGAAAUAAUUUUUACUGUUAGUUACUGCAUCAUAAACAGGCCUUCUCAGCACUAUAGUCAAACCUCAGUUCUCGAACAGCUCCAUUUUUUAACGUUUUGGGAUACUCAAAUGCAUUCAUGUAUUGCUUCAUUCUAAGUUUUGAGUAUUUUAUUGUAAGAAUUUUGCCUUUUUAAUUACAGUUAUAGUUCUGAGUUCAAAAUGCUGUGUUUAGGUGCAAGAACCAAUACAUUUGAAUACUUUUGUUACACACCGUAACUUAAUGCUCUCUUUAAUCCAUGCAGCCUGAGAGUUUGAAAAGGUGGCAUAGAAAUCUUAUAAAUAAAUAUACGUGUCCUUUUUUAACCAGCAAAAAGUGAAACUACUACCAUCCCAGAAAAACAGCGUGAACUGGAUAAAAGGAAAACUCCAGCAAAAGUGAAGGUCGAGCAUGGUUCUUCGAAAGAAAAGAUAAAAUACUUCCGUGAGCCACACAAGAAGGACCAAAAAGAAACUGAAAACUCUGAGACCACAAAGAGAGCUCAAACCAAGGAAGAAAAUGAACCGCAUGAAGAAAAAUCUGAAAUCAAACAUUUUGAAAAAUCAGAUCAUGCAAAAGAAGGUAUUAAGCAUUUAAGGCAUAUGGGUGGGUGGGUGAGUAUUUAGGUUUACACGGAUUAAUUCUGUUUAGCAGAAUGUAUGCGUGCUUAUGUAAAUCUGAGAACAAUCGGGGGGGGGGCAUUAAAAAAAAUCUGAAACUGUGGAUGUCGGAUACUAAAGUCCCGUUGACACAUUCACCUGCACACAUAUGGAAGCCACUUCCUGUUGCUGUGGUCACACACAGUUGUGAUGUGUAUGAAUGGAACUAUGUGGGUUAGGCGAAACAGGUCAGAAAGACCCAGUAAUUACUAAAAUGUCUUACUGAAUUUAAAUUGUUCUUCACAGAGAAGAAAGAAAUUGAUGAAGGUGAUAAAGACAUCAAGGAAGAAUCUAUGGAGGUUGAUGAAGUGAAAGUGGAUACCUCCACAAAAUAUGAGGAAGCCUCAAUCAAUGUGGAUUUAAUCAAUGUCAGCGAGAGUUUCCACUUAAGGACAUUUUACAAAAGGAAAGUAAAAUCAUCAAAACUGGAUGGACUGCUUGAAAGGAGAGUAAAACAAUUUACACUUGAGGAAAAGCAGCGACUAGAAAGAAUAAAGCUCAAAUCUGGUUCUAACUCUUCAGGUUGUAAAUUGUUGAGGCAACAGGAGAGUGAGGAUGACCUACAGUUACGUAAAGCAGGAGAUGAGAAGCAAGUAGAUUUGACAUCCCAAAGCAGAAUUGAUACUUCAGAUACAAAUCAAACGGAAGAUCCUGUUAAAGACCGCUUGUCACCUAGCAAUCGCCACUUUACCAAAACCAGUGAAUCAGUCCAAUCUUUGCCUUGCUUGAAUAGGCUUUUAGAGGGAGAAGCAGAUGCAACUUCAGUUCAGUGUCCAGAUACUCAAAGUUUGAAAGCAAAGGAUAGUAAUGAAAGUGUUUCUGAAUCCAUGGAUACGGAUAACCCUCAAGUGCAGAGUAAGGAGAAAAGCACUGACUGUUUGAAAACAGAAGACUCUAAACCAAUAGAAAACAAAGAAACAACAACAUGUGGUAUCUUAGAGGACAAUGCAAAAUGUUUGGAGCAAGCAAAUACUGAGUCUCAGUGCGGAAAUGUUAUUCGGCCAAUGGUAACUGAAAGCAGCUGUGAAGGAGACACUUCAUCUUCAACUGAGAUAGGAAAUGAAGCGUUAACAUCUGAAAAACAUGAGUGUGAUUCUGCAGAAGCUCGUAGGAUAGAAAAUCAUCCCAGCAUGGUAUCUCUGCAAGCAAAAGAGAGUCUUGUGAAAAACAUUGCAGAUGCAUCCGAACCCAAAAUUGCAUUAAAUCCAAAGCAGACUCUCGGGGGCCUAAAAUCACUGCAUACUGAGCUAAUUUCAGAAAAGGCAUUUGAAGCCCAAAUUCCUGACGUGAUUGGAGAAAAUAUUAUUGAUGAGGUGGUGAAGACUAAAAUCACUGAAACAAAUGGUGAAAAGCAAGACCAGGAGAAGUGUGUCCCACCGAGUUCCAUAAACAAGUGUUUUGAUCAGAUUAAGAGUAUUGCUGACAAAAAUAAUAAUAAAAAUGGGGAAUUGAAUACACAAAUGGAAAAGGGGAAGUCAGCAGCAUUUCAGAUUAAUGGAAAAGACACUGAUUUUAAAGUAUUACCUAAUGAAGAGUGCUUAAAGAGAGAGACACUUGCACAAACCGAGAGCGGCGUUGACUCAAAAAUCAAUAAUAUUAGCAAAAGCAACCCUCUGGUCAAAUCAUUUUCUUCUAAUGAAUCUCUAAAACCAUUUAUGAAUGGUGAUAUUGCAGUGGAAGAUGCAAAUGAUAAUUUGGUCAGUAAGUUGGGUGUACAGAGUUCUGUGGGUGGUGAUUCUAGAGAGAAUGAUUUGCCUCAAGAUAAUAUGUCUCAGUCUAAUCAAAGUACUGGAAGAAAGCAGUGUUCUCCUGAAAGGUCUAGUCUUGUUGAUGACACAUCCAUCACAUCUCUCCAUUCCUCCAGUGAAAACAAUAUAUAUAAUGAAACCGAAUGCAUGGAGAUUGAACCACCUUGUGUUACGAAAACUGCUCCAUCACCUGUAAUUUCCUGUGAAGAAUCUAGCUUGAGUAAUGACUUUGCUGAUCAGAAUGGAUUACCGAUAAGCAACAAAAUCGAAAGCGUCAACGGAGAAAGUGUAGUAAAAGCCGUUGUUACGGAAGUGACCACCACGUCAACUGUUUCUACAGAAUCCAAAACUACUUAUAAAGUAUCGGGAUUGUCAGCCAUCAAGGAAGAUAGAGAAAGUGGGGUAUCAUCCAUGGAAAACUGUUCUGUAUCCACUGUAACCACCACCACGACCACCACGACCACUGUAAGAAAACUUACCGCUCCCACUACAGAUAGCAAUACUGAUGUCAUUUCUGUAAAGGAGCACAGCAAAACUGUGGUAACAGCAACAGUGACUGAUUCCUUGACUACUGCAGCGGGAACCUUGGUGACUUCUAUGACAGUCAGCAAGGAAUAUUCCACAAGGGACAAAGUGAAGCUCAUGAAAUUUUCAAGGCCGAAAAAAACUCGUUCUGGAACAGCCUUGCCAUCUUACCGGAAGUUUGUUACCAAAAGCAGUAAAAAGAGCAUAUUUGUUUUGCCCAAUGACGACUUGAAGAAGCUAGCAAGAAGAGGAGGGAUCAGAGAGGUUCCCUGUUUCAACUAUACUGCGAAGCCUGCUUUGGAUAUUUGGCCAUAUCCAUCCCCAAGACCAACAUUUGGUAUCACUUGGAGGUACAGUGCUAACAGCUCUUAAAAAUCAUUUGGGUGGGAGAACAUGUCUUUGUACAAAUGGUAGGCGUGUUAUAAUCCAGCAUGAAAAUUCGGCACUUCAGGUGUUAUCCCUUUUAAAUAUUAACCCAACAUUUUUUUGGUCCUCCAUAUUUGAGGAUAUUUGAGCUGAAUUUACCUAACAGGAAUGUUCAUUUCCUAGGUGUGCUCAAUUUGAAAGGUUACCCCCUGCUUCCAGGCUUAAAGUUUUGUGUACUGCCAAAGAAUAGGAUCAGUAUUGAAGGGGGGAAACACACACUUCUGCAGCCAGUGUACAUAUGGCAGCUUGGCAUCUACCAUGCAGAGGGGUGAAAAGUUAGGGCAGAUGACACACAGUUGGCAUAUACAUUCCUAGUCUUAUACACGUUGAACAAACUCUCCUUACGACACAAGAACCUAUAUGGAGGUGUCUUGAAAGCCUGACCUGAUCAUUGCGAUUUGAACCAGUUAAAACGGGUCUAGCAAAAAUGAUUUGAUAUUCUGUAAAAACAGAUGGUUUAGUUAUCUGCUAGACAAAAGAUUUUAUGUUAUAAAGUUGCCUUGAUCUAGAUUAUUAAAUAGGGGAGGGACACAGGUGGCAUUGUGGUCUAACCUACUGAGCUUCUUGGGCUUGCUGAUCAGAAGCUUGGUGGUUCAAAUCCACACGAUGGAGUGAGCUCCCAUUGCUUUGCCCCAGCUUCUGCCAACCUAGCAGUUUGAAAGCACACCAGUGCAAGCAGAUAAAUAGGUACCACUGCGACGGGAAGGUGAACAGCAUUUCCGUGUGCUCUGGUUUCCAUCAUGGUGUCCCAUUGCGCCCGAAGUGGUUUAGUCAUGCUGGCUUCAUGACCUGCAAAGCUGUCGGCUUACAGACACCAGCUCCCUCGGCCUGAAAAGUGAGAUGAGCACUGCACCCCAUAGUCACCUUUGACUGGACUUCACCAUCCAGGGGUCCUUUACCUUUACCUUUACCUUUAUUAAAUAAGCUUUUGUUUAACAACCCUCAUUUUGUCAGUAUUUAGUGAUGGGAUUUUCAAAAAGAACAACCAUGGUUCAUACCAUAGCAAUAUGCCACUGGCCUAGUCUGGAGCUUGAUGAUACCUUGGUGAUUUUCAGAAUGGCAGUUUUAAAAUAGAAAACACUAACUAACAAAAUAAAAUAAUAAAAUAAAAUAAAAUAAAAUAUCAAGGCAUCCAAGAUUAUUCAGCUUGCUUUACUUGAGUAAGGAUUUUUUAAUUGCAAACCCUUGCUUUCAUGUGCAGUUUUUUUCAGUUGGUUAAGAGCACUUGAAACAAGUAUCUAGUAGUUUAUCAUACUUGGUUUGAAAUUGUCAGCUAGUGUCCUCUACACAUUUUGUACGUUACCUUCUUUAUAAUAUUGAUGUGGGUAUAGGAAAACAUAUGGGUAAGAUCCAGUGGUAUCCGUCUGCCAACAAAUAUUAUUAUUAUUUAGUUAGGUAUUUUGCAGCAUUUCUAUACUGCUUGACUAUAAGAAAACCUCAAAGCAGUUAAAUUCAUUUCUGUUUGGUGCAAUGGGACUUUCCCUUCCUUCCCUCGCAUGGGGCCCCCAAGUUGGGGUGUUGGGAGGGACUACAGCAAAGUCCGAUUGCAUGAUGUUGGAUGUCACCCAAUACCUACAUCUUUGUAGGAAAACAUCAGCUAUUAUGUGGACCUCUGUUCCAGAAAUAUUUUGGACCUAUUUGGUUCAUUCUAAAAGCUUGCAUGGAGCAAGAUCCAAUAUAUGAUAUCACGGGACUGUAUAAUGAGUACCACAGAUUUUUGUAAUUUAUAUGAAAAUACACUCCACUUUUACCUGUAAAAUAAGAAGCUUUGCCCUAUCUCUGAGAACUAUGGCAUUUAGACCAGCUGCUUUGUGAAAUUAGAAGUGAUUUACAUGACUUCCUUUAUUAUUAUUUUUCUAGAUACCGACUGCAAACCGUAAAAUCUUUGGCAGGAGUUAGCCUUAUGUUGAGGUUACUCUGGGCAUGUCUGAAAUGGGAUGACAUGGCUGCUAAACCCCCACCUGGAGGAGGAACUACACGUACAGGUAGAUAGUUUAGGAAUACUUAAUUUUGCUAAUUUAUAAAAACAUUGCUGGUUAAAUAUUAUUUCAGAACUUGUAAUACGCAUUAUAAACUAGAGUCAUUUGAAGCAAAAGGGUUUGUUUUUGUUUUGUUUUUUCCUGAGAAAGUUUAUCAUGGAUGGAUCCAUGAUAACCUCUGUCAUAUUCACUAGACCCUUCUCAGUCUGGUUUCCAGUUUGGCACUGAAACUUUCUUCCUCCUAAGCAAUCUUCAUCAGGAGAUUUGGGGAGGGUGAGGUCUGGCUAUGCUGAUUAUCCCCUUGGAAUCAUUUGAGAUGAGAACUGAAGUCAUUGUAUUUCACUGGUUCCAUUCCUUCCUGGCAAUAUUCCCUUCCAACUCUACAAUUCCACGAUUCUGUGAUUCCACGUGGUGUGGGUGUCUUUAAGUGGAACAGGAAAUGUAAGGCACAUUGACCCCAGAUUCAGGUGUAACAUUCCCAGUCGACCAAACUAUAGGUUGUAUCCAGUGAAGUCAUUCUGUUAGUGCAAGGACUUCCACCUGUGCAACAAUACUUCCUCUCUCUUUGUCCCCCCCCCCCCCAGUUUGCUCUGAAGGGUUGGAGGAAACCCAAAACUGAUUUUGGGGGGCACAGCUGGUGUGCAACGAGAGGUAGAAAACGUUGCAUUGUUCAGGUGGAAGUCCUUGCACUGUCAGGACAACAUCAUUGGAUACAUUGGACACAAGCUCAAAUGCUCCUUCUGUCUGUAUCUGACUACAGGGGAGACUUCCUGCUUUAUUAAACCACAGUUACGUUGAGGUCUAAACCAGGAAACUGUGUUUAAGUAUUCUCUACAAGAUAUCAAAAUGUGGUUUGCAAUCCUGAUUUACAAAGAGCCUUAAACCAGUUACCUGUGUCAGACAUCAUGGGGACACUGUAGUUUAGCAAACUGGAAAGUUUUCUCUUUCUAAUUAGAGAAUAACAAGUUUUAACUGAAAAUAAAUCUGGACUGUUUUUUAACAAAAUGCCAAUAUUUCCAUCAUGUUAUUUGAGAAUAAGUUGUUCCGAAUUUGUGGAGAAACAUUUCUUACUAGACUUGCAAUUGAAACUUUUGAAAUGAAUGUUUGUAGACACAUCGGAAACGGAAAUAACCACAACUGAAAUAAUCAAGCGAAGAGAUGUUGGACCAUAUGGAAUUCGAUCUGAGUACUGUGUACGAAAAAUUAUUUGUCCGAUUGGUGUUCCAGAGGCCCCCAAAGGUAAGCAUGAAUAUAAAAUUCCCAAGUUACUUAUAGAGGAGUAUGUGACUUUAGGGGGACGCUAUCAGAUACUUAAACUGAAUAUUAAUUUGCCUUCCGUUCCUGCAGAAACUCCUACGCCUCAGAGGAAAGGGCUUCGAUCAAGUGCAUUGCGACCCAAAAGGCCAGAAACUCCAAAACAAACCGGCCCUGUUAUAAUUGAAACCUGGGUAGCGGAGGAGGAAUUAGAACUAUGGGAAAUAAAAGCAUUUUCUGAAAGGUAAUCUAAUAGCUUAAAAUCAAGCUCUUUGACUUGCUUUUUGAACGUAUUUAGAUGUGUAAAUAUCCUGUUGGGUGUGGAUUUAAUAUCUAAAAUAGCAAGUUUAAAACUGCAGAAUUAUUUUGAACUAUGUGUGCACUCUAGUAAGUAGAAACAAAAGUACACUUUACACCAUCAAAUAGAUAUACCUUCCGUUGGCAUGCCCUGCUGUCAGUUAAUGGAAAACUGGGAAACCAGAGAUAUGAAGCCAAAUAAUUGGUUGGCUAAUUGCAAUCAGUAUGUGAAUUUGAAACACUUAAGGGUGGUAUCCAUUUCUGAGCAAGUGGAAGACCGCUCCCCCUCCAUGACCUUCUACCCAAAAAGCCUCUCCAGAAGAUUGGGAGAACCUGACAUUUUGGGUGAUGCAGUGCAGGCAGAGGAAAAGGGAGAAAUGUGCUGCGCAAACUUGCCUUCUGCUUGUGCAACAUCGGAUACGACUCCCAACACUUUAAACUGUGCGGUCCUCCUUUCAUUCCCCAGCCCUUAGUUUCUCUAGCUGUUUUGCAUACUGUUUCCUACUCCUUCCCUCCCUGGUCUCUCUAUUCCUUUCGCUUUUACCCCUGCUUUUGUCAGCUUCAUGUCAUCUCUGUACAGUUUCAAUAUUUUUAGCUUUCUACAUAGUCAAUACACCUACUUUCUGAAAUCUUCUUAACACUCAACUUCUUAAACUUCAACCUUUCUUGUCUCAUCAUGGCAACAGUGCUGUGUGUCCUUACAUUGUAUGUUUUUCCUGGUUUCUGUUGCAACUUGGGUUCUGCUUUUCUUCACAUCAGGCCUCUUUAUUAACAUUUAUCCCUGCCAGCCACCCGGUGCAUGCUCAGUAUAUUCCAUCUGGGCUUCCCCCUCCCCCAGCACACACACACUCUUUUUGGACCAUGCCCCCACCCCUUUGCCUUUUUUGCUUAUCCACACAGUUCUGUCUCCUUUCAGAUUUAAGCUCAGUCCGUUCUCACUGAAGCUCCCUGGGAUGCUCCACAGGAGAAAGAGGAGGGAGGUGAUUUUUGCCAAUUCAGGAGACCCUCUAGAAAACAUUGUGGAAGGUGGUCUGGUGGCUGCAGGGAAAAGGGGAAAUAAAAUGAAAAUCACCCUCUUCUCCCCUUCAUUGCAAGCCUUUGCUGAUUCUCAGUCAACUCAGUCAAACAGAAGUACAACUCUGGAUCCAACCCAUAGAGUUUCUCUUGUAAAAGUGCAUAAACUGUGAGAAUGUUCAUGGGAGCUGCUUGUCAUAAAACUGACAGAAGGUGACAGCCAGAUUUAAGAAAGUUCACACAUAAGCAGGCCUAUAUGCAACAGGGCGGCACUAGAAAAUUUCUGGACAUUAGAUGUAGCAUUUCAGUAACACUGAGAAUUGGUUCCUAUCACAUAAAAAGGGAUGUUGGUAUAAAAUGCAUGUUUUGUAGCAAUUUGCAAUGCCCAGUAGUGAUUUUCUGUUCAUCUCUUUGACAGAGUGGAGAAGGAAAAGGCACAAGCAGUUGAGCAACAGGCUAAGGUUAGUGAACAGAAGAAGGCUGAGGAAUUCAAGGCCCAAAUGGAGGCUCAACUAAAACAACAGCGAUUGGCUGCCCAGCAGGUGGGGUAGCUCUUGGUAGUCCCGCCUGUUGAAGUUUGCAUUGCUUGCAUUUGUGCAUCCUAAAAUAAACAUGGAAGCGUCUCUUUCUUACAUAGAAAAUGUUUUCAUUUGAGUAAAUAUUUCCAUAUCCCUAUCGGAAGAACUACAUUGCGAUACUAAAAUUAAUCAUUUGAUGUGCUGUUAAUAUUACACAUACAGUGGGAAUUUGACUCUCUCCUUCAGGGUUGUGUUUCAGUCUUACAAAAGUAUCAGGGUAGAUGUUGCUAAGAUACCUAAAUAACCUAGAUCUCGUGGAAGUAAGGUUUGACAUCCUGCCAAGUAUAGAAUCGGAGAUGCUUCCAUGUUGGAAUGAAAACUAAAUUAUUAAUUUGUAUAAAUCAGUAUUUUAAAAAGUGGAUACACCUUCAGUCUCCUAAUUCUGACACAUGCAUGCAGUCAUAAAAAUCUGUAACUUUUCCUGUUUGCCCAGUAAAGAAUGGUGUCACCACUGCAAAGUUCUUUCAAUACUUAUUCUUCUUUUUAAACAUGUCAUUCAUUAUUUAUUUUUUGGAAAACUUAUGUCUAUCUCAACAAAAUGUCCACUCAGGGUAGCUAAUGAUGAAUUAAGAUGCAACCCUGUUUAUUUAUUUUGCUUGCUUGCUUGAUAUAUUUUAGUACAUUUGACUUUCAAAACAAAAGACGUUAUAAUAAAAACUAAACCCACAUUAAUACAAAAACAAGACAAAUGAAAAGGGUAGCACCCACGGAGGGAAGGCAACUGAAAAAUGUCUACCAAAAUAAUACUUUCUUCAGUCACUGCUUAAAAUUUCUUAAUGACAAAGCCAUUCUUUCUGUUUUAGAUAGCUGAUACAAUGCUGCUCCAGUUAAAAAGGAAAAAAACCAACCCAACCAAUUCUCCUUUUCUCUAAAAAUGUGCUAUUUUUAUAGCAAAUCACUGUGUAUAUGAGGGGCAUGUAACAAAAUAGAAAUACAACCAAGCAUUGUAAUGAUUACAGCUAUUCAGACUGUUAAAAACCACUUAAUAAUGAGAAUGAAGAUAAUAUUUCUUUCAGCUAUUUAGUCUUCCUUAAAUUGAUUUGGUUAAUGUUUAGUUAUGAACCACCUUUCUAUACAUUAUUAAACAUUAAAUAAUGUAAUCAGAAAAUGCUAUUUACUUGAAGUUAAGUUUUGAAAGUAUUGCUUUAUUUGGGUUGGUUUUCUGUUAAUAUAACCUGGCCUUCCCCCACCCCCAAAAAAUAUUAAACACAAACCCUGUCCAACACAUUUUUAAAUAAGGUAGAAUUCAGCAUCAUUCUAAGGCAAACAGCGUCUGUGCAAGCAUAUCAGCUUCACAUACGAAACAAUCUUCCCCUGCAUGCUGUUCUGGGGUGCUCUCCCAACCCAACCCCAAUUUUGAGGGUGCAGGAUUUCUUACAUGAAAUCCUAAAGCAGAUCAGUAUUAUUACCACCUACAGGUUACAAAUGACAAGAGCGGAACACCCCCUAGCGGUCGUAGCAAGAGGAGAGAUUCAAAGCAAAGGCAUCCUGCUUUGUAGCUCCAUCUCAUAGCUGCUACGGUACACCAGAUCCGAUCUAGUCAGACUUUCAGCAGAUAAUAGCUUGGCACUUGUGAACACUUGUUCUUUGGAAGCCUUCCUAUUGCUAGUUCUGUCUGCAAAUACGGUGGCGUCUCACUUUUGAAAAUUCUUGCAUUUGAAAUGACUUUCACGCGAAGCACGUGGUACGGACAUAUGCCUGCUUGCAAGUCCGGAUGUGUUUAGCGUGACUUCCUUUCCAAUGAGCAUUCAUAAGAUUACAGCAGCCUUAGUGUGCUUUUUUAACAUAGGGUGAGAGGGCUGAUAUUGUAGAGCGGACUAGUGGUAGCUUUUCUUCAUUUUACCCCUCUGCUUAACUCCUUUAGAAGCGACUGGAGCAACAGAAGCAGUUGCCUGCCGUGUGUGGCGCCGCUACAGCCACGACUACCAGCGGUACGGCAACCACCGUCUCCACUCCUCAGAAAGUUAUGGUUGGCCCAUUGCCACGCUCUAUUCCCAGUGGAACCAAAGUGGUGCUUGCUACUAAAGUGGGAUCUCCAGCUACAGUAACAUUCCAGCAGAACAAGAACUUUCACCAGACUUUUGCUACCUGGGUUAAACAAGGCCAGUCUUCAUCAGGUAAAUGAGUGAGUUAGUUUUUUUAAAAAAAAAUGACAGAGAAUCUUCACCCUUUAAAAACAAAACACAUAUAACCAAAUUUUUACUUCUACUAUUAGAGGUGGUUCAUAUGCCCAGGCAUCUCUUAGCCAUGAUCUCCAAUGGGAUAGGGGACUGCCGAUAAGCUUGCAGCUGGGAAGCACUCACACAAAGUAUUUAAAACCUAAUUGAUGCUCUCUUCAGCUACAUCCUUGAACUGGAAAGAAAGACAUUUUUUUCUGUUAAAAGCCGUAGUUGUGGGUUAACACAUUUGUCAACAUGGGGUAUGGGAUGUGCCUCAACUGCUUUAUAAGGGCAUAAACUGGUUUAGGCCAAGGCUCAUUCAUUGAGCCUAGUACUCGUGUCUCCUCAAGAGAACAGUCACGUUUCCCUGGGAAGCUCAAAGCAAUGCAUGGUGGUGAUGGGGAAAGCUUACCCCUGUAUUCUGAUACUCAAAAAGGUAUGUUGCCUCUGUCAUGAAGGUUUGAAAUAGCUGUCAUGGCUAGCAGCAGUUAAUAGAUUUAAUUCAUGUAAGGAUGUCACCAUUCCUUGUGGUAAUGAAUUGAGUUGCAUGAAGCAUCCCUUCUGUUUCAUCUGUCCUGAAAAUCUUCAGUGGAUGAACUGAAGUACUGUAAAGAUGGGGCUUGUUUUUUUAAAGAAGCAUUUCUUUAUCCACUGUUGCGACCAUUCAAGAUUUUAUAAUCUUCAUAAGAAAGUGCCAGCUCUUAAGACCUUUCCUUGUCAAAGAGACAUUAUUUAGAGCACACAGCAUUUUAAAGGCAAGAAUGCCAUAGGUUUCUACAGUGCUGCGAUGAUACUUGCUGUUAGUGGCCUGUCUCGAGAAAACAGAAACUGACCGCCAUUCCUGUUUUGUUAGCCACAAGCACAACUGCUACAUCGGCAACAACUAUUUCCAGCAGUGGUCAGACUUUCCAGAUUGCAAGCAGCCCAGUGACUAUGGCAGGCAAAGUGAUAACAAAGCUGCCUCUACCAGCAAAUAGCAAGAUAGUUGCUGUUAACGUCCCAGCCACUCAAGGAGGUAGGAGAACGCCAUUGCAGUUUGAACUCUAUUUCUUUCUUGCUCAUUCCAUUUAUGAAUCGCUUUUUCAUAAAGCAUCACAAAUUGAUUUCAACAAUGAAAACAUCAAAACAUGCAUGCAAAUGCAAACUGGAAUUAAAAAUAAAUAAAUAAAUAAAUACCCGCUUAAAAGACUUUUUAGAAAAAGGAGGUCUUCAGCAGGGGCCAAAAAGACAAUAGCGACAGUGCCUGUCUGGUAUGUAAUGCAAGAAGGUUCCAAAGGCAUAUUUUCCUAGGAAAAUUGAGUGGUCACAUUUCUAGCUUUUUAAAGUUUCUCCAGUGGGAAUUCGUUCCUGUUUGAAAUGAUCUAUCUUUGAUAUCCCUUUGCUGACCUACAUAAUGUUCCACAUUAUCAGCUUUUGAAGAUACUCUCCGGCUUAAUAGAAGGGCUGCAUAUGCCUUUCAGUAUGUUGGGAAAUAGUUAUAUUAGAGAGUUCCCAGGCUUUUACUUUUAUUACCGUUGACCAUGGAAAGGCUUUGCUGGUUGAGUACACUGUGUUACAGCAGUUCCACUCCUACUUUCAGGACUAUCUUUGACAGCAUGCUAGUUAAUAUCAAUACGAAACUGAACAGAGGUGUUAGCUGGGGAUUUGGAGCACAGUGAGCCAAAUAUGCAGUUGACACCCAGGUAGCCAACAGGCUCACUUGCUUGCUUCCCCCCCCUGCCCCCCCCAAUCCAUCUGAAUUGGGAGAAGCUGUGAAAGUGCUGGACCAGUACCUGGAGACAUGAUUGGCUGAAUGCGGGCUGACCAACUGAAUCCUGAUAAGAUGGAGGUGCUAUGGGAAGUUGGUUCCCAAGUUCAGGAAUUUGGAAGACAAGACAGUUCUGGCUGAUAUAGCACCCUGAAGGGACGGGUUCUUCUCAUUUCUAAGAUUUCACUCAGAGCACAGGUAGCUUCAGUGGCCAGUCCAACCAGAUACUGCACUAUACCUGUGUGCUAGUGGGCUCAAUUCAAGUGGUUCUACUGGUGUACAAAGCUCUAAAAGGCUUUAGGCCCAAUUACUUACAGGAAUGCCUUUUGCACAAGUAAUGCCUUGUGCUUUCAUAUCUGCAGGGGAGGCCCUGCUUGUGGUCCCAUCAGCUGGAAUAUGUGGGUCGGUCGCAUGAUAUAGGAGAUAAAGGAUUUUCUUUGCAUUGAGGCUCCCUUUGUAGCAUUCUCUCCCCAAGGGAGCUCAGUUUCCCCCCCUCUUCUACAGUUUCAGACACCAAUUAAAGACUUAGCUAUGCGUUUGAGUUUUGUCUUUGCUAUCUGGAGAGAUACAGAUGUAACGUGUAGACUUUCUUUAUGGUAGUUAAGCGAUUAAGAGAGAACCAUGGGAUCAUGCACUGCCUUUCCCCUCCACCGAGUGAAUUUCUUCUGUCUUAACCAUGAUAAAGGAAUACAUUUAGCAAGGAAUCUGGUUAGCCAAAAUACUGGUUGCCAAAAUACCAUUUCUCUGUAGGGAAGAUCGAAUGUCUGUGCCAGAUUAGAAUUGAUAUGUGUGGUCCUUUGUGCCGUUCCCGAUUUCUCAGUUGAAGAAGGAGCUGUCAUUAUGCUCGCAGGUUUUCUACAAGAUGUGUCUGUUAAAUCAUUUUUAAACCCAAACUAAGACCUGCUCUUCUGCUUUAACUCCCUUGUAAACUUUCAAAUUUUAGAACUAUUCUCAGCGACUAAGAUUGCUUAUUUUCUUUAGCAGUGUACAAGUUUGAGGCAUAGUGUGGUUCUUAUUUAAGUGAACAUGUGUCAAUUCUCCCUACUGCACACCAGUACAAACCCUCCUGAAUGUGGGUUCAUUCUUUAUAGACCUGUAUAAAUAUUCUGCAGAGUGAGUCACAUCACCUAAAACAAGAGGGUGUUAAUCUUUUACUUAGUAAUGUUUUUAAAUUGAUGAAUACUUUUCCCAAAUAGGUGUAGUUCAAGUGCAGCAGAAAGUGUUGGGUAUCAUUCCAUCAACUACUGGAUCAAACCAACAAACAUUUACUUCAUUCCAGCCGAGGACAGCAACUGUAACUAUUAGGCCAAAUAACACAGGGACUGUGUGUACAACGAGUGCUUCACAAGUAAGAUUGUUGUUGUUGUUGUUUAAGAUUAAUGAUCUUCUAGUUUUGUAAUAAGGUUGCUCUUGGACUCCAUUUGAGAUGGCGUUUAAUCUAGAAACUAUUUACUGUGCCAGAACUUGGGCCUAAAAAUCUGAAAUCUAAACCGAGGGUUUCAUACAAUUGUUGAUUUUCUUAAGAGAUGCUCAUUGGCCCAGUUUGUGCAUAACACUAAGCCAGCAUCCUGGACCAAAGCUUGCAUCCGCUGCACUUUUCUACUCCUCCGGCACUACCUGGGGCUAAGCCAUGGUUGCUGUAGGAACCUGCAUGUUUCUGCUAAGGCAUGACCUGCCUGAGCAUUAUGCACGAACUAGAACAUUGUCUACUUUUGUCACUUAUCUCUCAGUAGAUCUUUACCAUGGGGUCUUGCUUUAAAUCAGCUGGCUUCUGGGCCGGUUCAGGUCUCCUUGCUACCCAUGUUUGAAGAAUGCCCCAAGGGAUUUUUUCUUUUAUGGGUCCUCUUGUGUGUUUCUCUCGGUCGGUCUGUCAUUUCUUCCAGUUUUUUCUUAAUGCAUACGUGAUUUAAUUUUUCGUAGCACUGGAGUUUUAUUAUUGUUGCAAAUGUUCGGGUUGCAUUACAUAAAUAAAACUUCAUGAAAAGAAAUAUGAAUGGAGAUGUUUGAAGAGCAGUGGAUUAACCAGAGAAAAAGUAAUGUAGUUUGCACCUUAAAAAGGCGUUUGAAAAGUGUUUUGGAUAAAUAAAAAGCUUGGGGGGCGGAACCCAAAGUAAAAAUUUAACAGUAUAUUGUUAUAUAUUGUUACAUUUUAUAUUUAACUUUGGGGGAUGUUUUGCUUUUUUCAACUUUUUUUUAAAAAGUUGAAAAACCGUUUUUAAAAAAUGGUUUCUUAAAAGUGUUCCCCCCCCCCCCAUAUACAAGUCACAGUAUGUAUAGAAAUAAGUUUAGUUCAAGAAAAAGUUGACUGUUUUCCUUGUAACUUGUGUAGGUAAUGGCUGGGACACCUCUCCGGCCUGGGAUGACAGUCAUAAGGACACCACUUCAGCAAUCAGCAUUAGGAAAGACCAUCAUUCGAACACCUGUCGUGGUACAGCAAGGUAUUCUUCCAACUAGUAGGUUAAUUUUGAUUUUUAAACCUCCAGUAUGUGAAAUCCAUGAUUUUCUUUUCUUCAUUUAAAAAAGAAAAAGAAGUAUCAUCAACACUAAUUCAGGCAUGUCUGUGUUAGGGUUUUUGCUUUAAAUUACCGAUAAAACUUAAACAUUUCGGGCCAGUCAGCUGAAUAAUACUAAAAAGAAAGCACUAUGCCUUUUGCUACUUAUUUUUGUUUCUGAAUCAUAAAUACUCUGGCUGGUAUCCAGAUUGUUCUUAGGUUCAGACAAGGUGCUUCUGCUAGACGAUAGGAAUCUUUGCAUUCUUUUUUGUGGUUAGAAAAGCUGAGAUCCACUGCAGACUGCACUGAAGGCUUCUUUUUCAGAAACACGAGUCCAAACCCAUCUUGGACUUCCAUAACUAGUUACGUGUUCCUGUACAUCCUGGCUUCUAUCAAGAGUGGCUAAGCUUCGGCCCUUCAGAUACAGUUUGGCUACAACUCCUAUUAUCCCUGGCCAUUGGCUAUGCUGUUGGAAAUUGAAGCCCAGCAACAUCCAGAGGACCAAAGCUUAGCCACAUUGGCAUAUAUUAUAACUAAGCUGCAGAAUGAGGAAAAGGUAAUACUAGGCUGCAUUUUUCCCCCCAUGGCUUUGAAGAGACAUAGGGGCACACGACUGGUCAAUGGACCCAGUGAUUUUACUGGUCAAUGGAACUUGGUAGAUGGGAGGGAGAAGCAGCCUUGGAAUUCUUUUUCGCAGAGGCUUGUUGUGUUGGGAACAGCUUCUUAAUAAUACAAAUGAUAUGUCCAUGCAGGCCAGACCCAGCAAGUAGUGACACAGAUAAUCAGAGGUCAGCCUGUUUCCACAGCAGUGUCUAGUGCUACCACCGUUUCUGCAAAUCCAAAGGUAGUGACAACUCCAGGAGCCCCUUUGCAGCACAUGCAGCCGCAAUCUGCAUCACCACACCCACCUCGUCCUCAACAGGGUCAGGUGAAACUUACAAUGGCGCAGCUCACGCAGCUCACACAAGGACAGGUAAGCUUUUGUGAUGUUGGUUGUGUGGCGAUGAUUUGCCUUUCCUUGCACAUGCAAUGUCAAUUUAAAGCAGGCAUCUUCUGAGUUAAUAACUGCAUCUACUACAUUUUUGUAAGAAGUUUGGAAAAGAUUCAUCAUAAGCUAAGGUUCCUCUAUCACGUGAGGUAAAUGGGUUGCUCUCAAAUGAUAUGUUUAGUUUCUGUUGCAUUAUUGUUGAAAAACUUUUCUUUCUUUUUGUUUUUUUAAUGAUUUCCAGUUUUACAGUCAUUUUAACACUUCAAAACUCAGAAAGAGGAGGAAGUCUAAUUUUGAAAUGUUAAAAUGACUGUAAAACUAUUGAAAUGUAUAUGAAAAUCUCUCUCUCUCUCUCUCUCUCUCACACACACACACACACACACACACACACGCGCGCGCGCAUAAAAAACAUUUCAAAACUUUGCUUCCUUCCACAUCUUUCUGCGGUUCCUUAAAUUUAUUUUUAUCAUUUCCUGCAUAUUCUAAAUUAACUUAACUUAUUCUUUUAUUCAUCUACUUUAAUUAUUUACUCUUAUGAAACUGCAGGUUAUUACAAUAAUGCUGCCAGUGUCUUUAUCUAUUUACAAAUUAUUUGUACAUAUUCAAUAAACCAUUUCCAUCCAUUUAUAAAAAGUUUGUUAUCUUGAUUUCUUAUUUUUCUAGUAAAUUUCACCAUCUCUGCAUAAUCCAUAAGUUUUUGUAUCCAUUCUUCCUUCGUUGGGCCUUCUUCUUUCCAUUUUGGAGCAAAUAACAUCAUUGCCGCUGUAGUCGCAUAUAUGAAUAAAUUUCUAUACCGUUUUGGUAGUUCUGCCCCUAUAAUUCCCAGAAGAAAGGCUGCUGUGUGGGGUUUGUUUUUUUAAAACAAAUGUUAUUUUAAACAUCUUUUUCAAUUCAAUAUAUAUCAUUUCUCAGUAAGCUUUGUUGUUGAAAAACUUUUCAAUUUCCCCCGUCUUUAUUUGCUACAACUUAUAGGUGUGGUAAAUGAUUUUUCAGAAAAGACUGCUCUUUUAAAUAAGCAAAUGCCAGAGCUUGUGGGUGAAAUCUUAUCCACUAGCGGUGGAAGGGAUUCUCUCUCCUCCCUGCAGCUCCUGUGUAUUCGAUCAAGAUUUUCUCUGAAAGGUUGGGGGGCCUCCAGGAGCAAAUUGUGGGUGGGUGAUUGCAGGGAGGAAAAGGGGACGCACCAACAUUGGGUGUCACCAACCAUUCCGGCUGGAAAGUUCAUUACACAGUGCAAGCCCUUGAUAUACUCCAUUGGGAUCUUUUGUGGGUAUUGACUUUUACAUUUCCCCCACUUUUAGGGUGGCAGUCAAGGUUUGACUGUGGUGAUUCAGGGGCAAGGUCAAACCACUGGGCAGUUGCAGUUGAUCCCGCAGGGUGUCACGGUAAUACCAGGACCAGGACAACAGCUAAUGCAAGCAGCUAUGCCAAAUGGUACAAUCCAGCGGUUUCUUUUCACCCCACUUCCACCAGCAGCAGCUACUGCAGCUAGUACUACUACAACUACAGUUUCCACCUCAACACCAGGUAGGGUUGUUGUUUUUUUUUAAAAAAAAUUAAAUGGAAACAAAUGCAUUUCAGCUAUGAAAUAAAAGUAGUUUUUCUUAGGGAAUUCUUUCGGGCUUAGAAAUGCUGAAGCCUUGUGGUGGCUUCUUAGAGAAGGAAAGCUGCUCCUCAGAUUGUUGUUAGUAUGCCUCUGAAGGUAAAUCCUGCUUUUUAUCUUCCCAGCUGCAGGAGAACAGAAGCAAACUUCUCAAGCACAGACCCAAACACAGCCAGCGCCAGAGCUUCCUCCUCCUCCUCCUCCUCCUCCUGAACCCCAGCCGCCUCAGAGUCAGCUCCAAGGCCAGUCUCAGGGGCAACCCCAGAGUAUUCAGCCUCCGCCUCCAGCUCAGACGCAGCCUACUCAAUCUCCGCCUCGGGCUGAAGCCCAGGCAGCCGCCGAAGCUCAGCCUCCAGCUUCACUUCCAUGCCCAGUCAUCUCUGAAGCACAGCCUCCAGUAUCGCAACCAACCGUAACUCCAGCCGCUGCUCAGACUCCACCCCAGAGCCUUCCGCAAGGGCAGCCUUUAGCUCCAGUUCAAAGCCAGGCCCAGUCAGGGGUACACCCACAGACCCCGCCCAAAGUUCAGAUGAUUCAGCCAGCUCAGGUCCAGACUCCAGCGCCACAGCACGUCCCCAUGCAGCCGCAUCCUUCGAUCCAAAUCCAGACUUCGCAGCCCCAGGUUCCAACUUCGGUUCAAACUCUGCCACCCACGCCAAACGUAAAUCAAGUUACCGUGCAAUCUCCACGUCCUCAGCUGCAAAUCCAGCCACCGCAGACUAAGGUGAUCACAGUCCCACAGCUUCAGCAGCAAGUCCAGGUGUUCUCUCAGCUCCAGCCCCAUGUUGUGGCUCAGAUACAGGCCCAGCAAGGUGGUCUGCCUCAGCAAAUUAAACUUCAGUUGCCUAUUCAGAUUCAGCAAGCCGGCCCGGUGCAAGCUCAUCAGAUCCAGAAUGUGGUAACUGUUCAAGCGGCCAGCGUUCAAGAGCAACUGCAAAGGGUUCAGCAGCUCAGAGAGCAGCAGCAGAAGAAAAAACAGCAGCAUAUUGAAAUUAAACGUGAGCACUCCCUCCAGGCUUCUAAUCAGAGUGACAUUAUCCAGAAACAGGUACACUUAUCCAAAGACAUUAUCACUCCUGUUCUUGGCCAUCAAUCUAUAUGCAUGUGAAUCCUUUGGCCUGUGCAUUUGGUUUAAAUCUUAGGGGUCUUUCCUUAUUAAACUACAUUGCAUAUCCCUUUUUUGUAAAUGUAACAGAUGUUCUGUAUCUAAUUUUUUUUUUUUAAAGUACUUGGUGGCAUCUGGGUCAUGAUUUACUACUUCAAAGUUUGCUGCCAGGGCGUCUUCAGUUCAGGGGAGAAGAGACUUGGAUCUGAUUGCUCAGUCUUCCACACUAUUUCCGCACUACAUUUUUUCUGUAGAAGAGAAGACUUGGCAUGAUAGCAGCCUAGUGUUAUAAACUACUAGUGAUGGAUCUUGGGAAGAAAAUUCAUACACAGCCAGUUCUGUUGCCAUACUAUAGUGUUAGAGUAGGUAACGUCCCUGUCCUCCCACUUGUUAAACUUCAACUCCCAUCAUCCUUCACCAUUGGUCAUUCUGCCUGGUGCUGAUGGAAGCUGGAGUCCAAUGACAUCUGGAGGGCAACAUGUUGGCUGUCCCCGCUAUAGUGCCAUACAUCUAAAAUACUUUUAAGAAUUCUGUACAAAAUUGAAGGAGAGAUUCAAAAGCAUUUUGUAGUCCUCUUUAAUUGAAACUCGGAGAAUGCUUCACUCUUAGCUCACGUACUGCUCCAUCAAAUCUUCCUCUGCAGCUAAUAUCCCACCCCACCCCUCCUGAUUUGUUUCUUUCUCAUCUUUAGAAGGAGUCAAGGGCUCCUAUUUCCCUUCACCAGAAUUGUACAGGCAGCUGCUGAGCAAAUGAAGGUCGCUUUUACUUUACUGGCCAUGGGUUUAAUCUCUGUGACACUCAGGUUUAAAAUUACCUGCGGCUUUAAAAGUGUGCUUCCUUUUGUCGCUUCUUGCCAUCAGAGGUUUUGAUUCCCCCCCCCCCUUUUCUUGAAGGUGGUAAUGAAGCACAACGCUGUGAUCGAGCACCUAAAACAGAAAAAGACGUUGACCCCUGCUGAACGGGAAGAGAAUCAGCGGUAAGGCAGAUGGACAGACAUUAAGCAAGGCGUAUGGUGCCUUUCAGUAUUUUCUGGUGUAGAAGAAUAUGUGCUGAUGCAAAUGUUUACUACCAACGUACUCAUAGAAAUGAUUGCUCAUGUUUGUUUGAGCCAUUGCGUCAUGAACUGGCUGGGUGCAGAGAAGUGGUGGGAGUCAACAGCCGGGGAACCCCCAAGGGAGAAGAUCUGGACCCCGGGGAUUGGUGGUGGGAUGACAGUGAGUGGUCAGAGGGAGAAAAGGGAGCAGACUGGAGGGAAAAGGUGUUGGAAGGUGAAGAGGUAGCAGGGUUUAGUGAGCAGGAAGAGUCUGGUGGAGAGCAGAAUUGGAGGCUGGAGGGGGGGGGGAUAAGAGGCAGAGAAGAAGCCCGGGGGUCUCUUUUCUCCUGCUGCGACCAUACUACUCAAUAUUGUGAUCUCUUUUAAGUAACUUCUUCCAACCUCUGAUCCUACACAGAAACCACAAAAUGCACAAUGCUACAAAAUUGGAUAACAGUAUGUUUUUGUAAGCAUCCCUUUACUUAAACCGCUCCAUGUUUUUUCUGCAUGUUUACAAUAUGACCUGACAUUGUCCCAUGUCUGCUGGUAUUUUUACUAUUCUACAAAAUUUGAAUGGUGGAAAAGGAAGAGAAGCUGUGAAUACAGAAUAUUAUUUAGAGGGUUAGGGUGCCUGUUUAUACACCUUGUAGCUUCACAUAAUGUGUACUAACAUCUAAUCUAGAGGCUGUGGUACCAUAAAAAGAUUCGGUUUUUGAAUGAUAUUUUUUUCUUCUCCCUACAAAUGCUCUUCAGCUUUAGUCAUUAUCUUAAAACUAUUCUUAUUUUUAUUUGAUUACUAAAUGCAAUCUUUGUGGUUCUCCAUCGCCCCCUUAUUAGUCUCUUCAUAAUAGUAUUUUUUCUAUUUCUUCUCCAGAAUGAUAGUGUGCAACCAAGUAAUGAAGUAUAUUCUGGAUAAGAUAGAUAAAGAAGAAAAACAGGCUGCUAAGAAACGAAAGCGAGAAGAGAGUGUGGAACAAAAGCGCAGUAAACAGAAUGCAACUAAACUCUCAGCUCUGCUCUUCAAACAUAAGGAACAACUUAAAGCUGAAAUACUAAAGAAAAGGGCACUUCUGGACAAAGACUUACAAAUUGAAGUGCAGGUAAAAUGAAUUUUUCUCCUUAAUGAAUUGUUGGGCUUAUUUAUUUGACUAUGUAAGAGAAAGUUCAGAGCUAGACUUUUUGUACUCAUGGAUAUUCCCACUCAAUAUAUGCAUUUUAACUUAAGUGCAUUCUGUCUCAGUGCGUUUUGCCACAUUUUAGCACUUUCUCUCCCAUUAUAUUCCCUUGGCCUUCACUCUUGACUGAUGAGCCAGAACCCCUGUUAGCUGAAAUCUUAAUUGGUCCGUUCCAGACAGAUUUAGCACUGUGGGAAUUCCAUGCCAUCUUACCACAAAACACAACGACAUUAGCGGAGUCUGUAACCUGAAGCGUAUGUAACCUGAGGUACCACUGUAUAGUGGUACCUCGGGUUACAUACUCUUCAGGUUACAGACUCCGCUAACCCAGAAAUAUUACCUCGGGUUAAAAACUUUGCUUCAGGAUGGGAACAGAAAUCAUGCUGUGCUUCAAGUUAAGAACAGUUUCAGGUUAAGAACAUACCUCCAGAACGAAUUACGUUCUUAACCCAAGGUACCAGUGUAUGUGCUCCACCGACGCUCACAGGGGCCAGGACCGGAACCCCCACGCGAAAUCUUCACCACCCAUUCAAAAAACUUGCAUACACAGCAGGAGCAACGAGCUCCAUGUGUUUAAUGGCGUAUAUCUAGAUUGGCCUUGUAAUUAACUGUCCGUGUUUGCUGUUUCUUUGCUUUUAAUUUCACUUAGGAAGAGCUAAAGAAAGACCUGGCAAAAAUUAAGAGAGAGAAAGAAAAGGCGCAGGCAGCUGCCGCUGCCGCCGCCGCUGCAGCAGCAGCAGCAGCAGUACCACCACCUCCACCACCACCACCACCACCUCCUCCUCCUCCACCUCCACCACCACCUCCUCCACCACCACCACCUCACAGUACCAAUGCUGCAUCGACAACCACGGUCACGACACCCGUUUCAUCCCAUAAGAGAAAACGAGAGGAAGAGAAAGAGUCCUCGUCUUCUAAAUCGAAGAAAAAGAAAAUGAUAUCUACUACCUCAAAGGAAUCCAAGAAGGACACCAAGCUUUACUGCAUCUGCAAGACGCCUUAUGAUGAAUCUAAGUGAGUAGUGGAUCUUAAAGGUGUUUGUGUUAUACUUAGUUUAGUUUUAGCAUUUAGUUAGUAGUUGUGGGAGAGUACCAGAAAUGGGGUUGUAUAUAUGUAUAUAUCAGUUUUCUAUACCGUCACUGGGAAGGUACUGAAGAUGUAAGCACUCAGGAUUGUAUUUCUAAAUACCAGUCUAUUAGUUUUCGUGAUUCAUAUUUUAUCUAUUUGCAUGUUUCCAUUAUAUGAUGUCUCACAUUGCACAUCCUUUAUUUUGCUUUUAUUCUUUCCUUUGUCUUUAUGCCUCUGCUUUGGAAGCAAGGGAUUAUAGGCCAGUCUUCUUCUCUUCAACAGGCUCUGGACAUCCCCCAAAGAGAUUUCUGGAUUGUAUUUCUGCACAGGGGAGAAGCAUUUCUUCUGUAGUUUACAAUAGAGUCCAAGUUACUGUGCUGCAGUACAUUUUUUUAAGUGUUUAUUUCUUCUUAGAUUAUUUAAUACCUUUUUUCAGACUUUUAAGAUUUGGUAUUUUAGAAGCUGAAGGCACUUAACAAAAUGGAAACUGCAAUUCUAUAUAAAAUAUGUUCAACUUAAUAAUAAUACUAAACAAGGAAAGGGAGAGUUCUACAAGUACAGUCGUACCUUGGUUCUCAAACCCUUGGUACUCGUACAUUUUGGCUCCCAAAUGCCGAAAACACGGAAGUAAAUGUUCCGGUUUUCCAAAGUUUUUUGGAAGCUGAACGUCCGACGUGGCUUCUGUUUGAGUGCAGGAAGCUCCUGCAACCAAUCGGAAGCCACGCCUUGGUUUUCGAACGCUUCAGAAGUCAAACAGACUUCCGGAACGGACUACCUUUGAGAACCAAGAUACGACUGUAAUGGAGAAAACAUUAGGGUGGCAUGGACAGAAAUUGCUUUAACUUGUAGCUCAUUAGAGUUUGAGAACCAGUAAAAGUCAGUACCACCUAAAAGGUCCUUUUAGUGAAACUGUGCUCUGUUCACAGAAUUCACUUUUACUAAAUAGAUCAAAAUCGGCAAUUCAUCUCUGGUUAUGGUACCAAAGUGGAGCAUUCAUUUCUGCGUCUUGUCCUGCUCCAAUCUCUGGUAUUCAUUGCCAAGCCAACUUUAGACUUUUUACUAAGCUGCUGUAGCUGUGCUAAAUUUGUGGGAGUCACGAGUCCCCAGUCUGCCAUUUCUUGUUCCAUCUUUAGAGCAAAGCUUUAUGAAAGAUCAUCAGAUUAAGGUAGAGUCUUGUUCCGUUUUAUCCAGUUGUGUCCCUCCGCUCACAAGAAAGGCUCUUCAGUCCAGCAGGCGGUUCCUUGAACUUGGGCUACAGAGUGUCUUGCUGAUUUCUCCUUUCCUCUGCUGCCUGAAUGCUGCCUCCCUGCCCUGUCCCCCAACAUACUGCAGAGGAACCCUCCAGAAAAAUAUGGGAAGUAGUACCAGGGGCUGCAAAAGAAAGGGGGGAUUUGCAAAAAUUAAUUUAAAAACCACUUCUCCCGCUUUAGUUCAUCGAAAGAUCUGCUGGAGCAAAGAGCCUUCUCUGAGCAGAGGGACACAAUUAAAAACAAGCCCUUGUGCAGUACUGCAUUUUAACAUAGGCUGGAAUUUCAGCCAUAUGGUUUUUUUUUCUUCCUCUGGACUACAGUGAGCAAAAGGAAUUAAAUGAUUGCAGGUGCCUUAUAGCAGAAUGAGCAAAUGAGCCUUUUACUGCGAUUUAAGAGUUAACAGCUUCACAAAUCAGUUUAGUUAGAACUGCUGGCAGUGGCACAACAACAUGAUGCAGCCUAAUGUUUCUUUAUUAGAACUUAUUACUGUAUUUUUCCAUGCAUUAGAUGAGGUUUUUUGACUCAAAAAUUGUGUCAAAAAACUGGAGUUGUCCAAUACACGGAUAGUGGCAUGGGGGAGAGAAGCGGUGUGCGCGCAACUUCCCCCAAUGCCGCUGCGUGCGGGUAACAAUCUAGGGGGUGCAGCUGUUUGGGGGGAGAAGCUCAACAACUUUGGGCCAUCUCCCCUCAUUUUCUUAAAAUUGAGUCCCCAAAAAUAGGAGGGUUCUUAUACAUGGGGGAGUCUUAUAGACGGAAAAGUACGGUAUUGUAAAAUGCAGUAUAGUGAAACCAUAUGGCUGAGGUGGCGUAUUUGAAAUUAAUUCCACCGUGUGUGAAAAAGCAUUUGUUUUGUUAAGCCUGAGCACGAGCCACCAAACCCGGAUCCUUUCUAUCGUGUUAUUAAUUUUAACGGGCCUAGUCUUAGGAGUAGAUCUCGGAUUUUUCAGCAUUUUUAAUGCAUUUCUACAAAUAAGGUAGUUUCUCCCUUGCAGUUCAAAACAAUUAGAAGGGUGUUUCAUUCUCUACUCCAACUCUGAACUUACUCCGUUUGUGAGUAGGUCAGCUAGGGUUGGAUCCAGCACUGCGUGAACAGAGUUCCUUGUGCAACGUGACUUCCCUUUCUCUUCUCUUCCCUCGUGCCCCAAAAACCUGCUCCAGAGGCCACCUCCCAACCUUAUGGAACAGGUUUUGGGAGUGUGCAGGGGACACCAGGGGAGAGAAGUGGUGCGCCUUGUUGCUCAAGCAGAAUCCUUCUGCACAAAUGGAACAGCAGCAUUGGUAUUUACGAAUUGCAGGUUAUUAAAUUUUUAGUCAAGCCGUUUUGUUACUUUGGAUUAAUUUUUUUAAAAAUUAAGUUUCAGUGAUGACGUGGAAGAGAGCUGAUGAUUCGUACCACAUUAUGUAUAUGUUUUUAUGCUAAGCGUAGGGAUGAGGCUUCUUGCAGUUCAAGCCCAUAGCCUUAAUGUUCUCACUCUUCUCAGAGGUUGACAGAACGUAAGAGAAGCAAAUCUAUCAGGAGCCAAAGGCUUGCAUACAGAGCAGGGUGAGCAGAAUUCUGCUCUCGUGAUGGGGCAUUCCUUCUACUGCUGCCUCUCUGCUGCUCCUGAUGGGCAGGGGACUUAUCCAGAAUUGAGUGGGGGGGUGCUCAGAGGAGUAGAAGGUAGAGAAGUCCCACUGUGUGAACAGAGUUCCACUCACGCUGCCUGGAUCCAAGCCAUAGUGUAUUGGUAUUAGCAGCCUUUGUGAUGUGUAUGCCUGGCCAUCCUGUAGCAAAACUGUUUCUUUAGGCUCAGUCGAUGUUCUGUUGUGGCAGCAGUUGAAGGCUAGCCAGGAGUAAAGGUGGUGAACUGAGACAUCGCUUUAAAAAUUACUGGAUUAUUGUAACUCGCUCUACAUGGGGCUGCCCUUGAGAAUGACCCAGAAACUCCAGCAGGUGCAGAAUGCCGCAGCAAGACUCCUUAUGAGGUCUUCGCCGUGGGAUCACAUUCAUCCAGUGCUAUACCAGCUGCACUGGCUCCCGGUGGAGUACAGGAUCAGGUUUAAGGUGCUGGUUUUAACCUUUAAAGCCCUAUAUAGCCUAGGACCCUCGUACCUACAGGACUGCCUCUCCUGGUAUGUCCCACGGAGGACCUUACGGUCUUCAAACAAAAACAUCUUAGAGGUCCCGGGCCACAGGGAAGUUAGCCUGGCCUCAACCAGAGCCAGGGUUUUUUCGGCUGUGGCUCUGAUCUGGUGGAACGCUCUGUCACAAGAGACUAGGGCCCUGUGGGACUUGACAUCUUUCCGCAGGGCCUGCAAGGCAGAGCUGUUCCACCAGGCCUUUGGCCAAGGCACAGCCUGACCCCCUCCUUUGGUAAUUCUUCACAGAACUCUAGCCCAGUGGUUGCCAUCAAUUUGAUUUGAACUGAUUUUAUAAUGAAUUGAUUUUAGAAUGCUGUAUUAUUUUACUGUUGUUAGCCGCUCUGAGCCCGGCUUCGACUGGGGAGGGUGGGGUAUAAAUAAAAAUUUAUUUUUAUUAAUAUUAUAGUGGAGAAGUUCCUCAACAAUGCUACAAAGAGAGCAUUGAAGCCGUAGUAAAUAAAUUCCAAGCUACUUUUUUUUGGGGGGGGGGGUAACCUUUUUAUGAGCUGGGGAUAGGGAACAGAAUAUAUACUAAGCAUUGCUGUGCAGCAAUGUUUUGUGUUGGAGCCGAUCAGUCUGCAGGAAUUCAGCCCAUAACGUUACUAAAAAUGUUAACAUGGUGUACCAGGAGAGGGCACCCUGAAGACGUACUCAAAUUAGCUUCGAGAUAGAAACUCAUUCAAGAUGUAACACCAAACCAGCUUUGGUGGCACAUGAACGAGCCUAGAAUCGCCCUUAAGAAUCAACAUGCUCCUUCUUCCCAUACUGGCUGCAUUUUCCUUCUUUCCCUCCCUUCUUGUUUCGGGGCACACAGUACCUCUCCACCCCUCCAACCUAGUUUUGGAUAUAUGGUUUGCCCCCAACCAGGACGAAUGGGAAAGAAUUGGAGCGUCAGACUGUGGUUUGACACAAUAUGCCACAGACGUGGCUCUUUUUCCUCCAUAACUUUGGUAGUCGCAUUUGAGUUUAGAUGCAGUCAAAUGAUAUCGACUUGCAAAAUUGCCAGUGUGAGAGAGAUACUUGCAGAAUUGUGUGGUGUUUUUUUUACUUCAUGCCUUAACCAUACCAUACUUGAUCUGUCACACAGUGUUGUCUUGAGAAUUUACGUUAUUGAAGGAAUAGCCUUUCAGUUUUAAAGAGUCAAGUUCCACCGAUUUCAGGCUGUUUCUUAGAAAUUUUAAAACUUACAUCCACUUGUCCCAUUUUCCUUCAUGUCAUGUUAUACCAAUAUGUAUUUUACACAUGACUGGUAUGCAUGCUCUUUUUAGUGUACCUGUUAACUUCCAGUUGUGUCUGUGCUUUGUUUUUUAAAAUGGAGAUAGACAUUUUCAAAUCUUACAAAAUUUGCCUCUGUUUAAGUGACUUCUUGGCUGCACAGUUUUGAAAAUGAAUAUCUUUUUCUUUGGCCUUGUGUUUGUGCAUUCACAGUUGAGACAUUCGCAUAUUUCAGAAUUCAGUGCAUAUCAACCAACCUGUUUUUCUAAGAAAUACAACUGUUUAUUGAACCAGGCCCUAAAGAAUUAUGUCCACCGCAUUAGCUUCAGAGGUUAGCUUUGGAAGGGUAGGUUGAUGUAGUUAGGAAAAUGAAAUCAGAACGUUUCAGGGAAUCAGGUUAGCAAGUGCCAUGCCAUUUGAAAUGACAAUUACAUUGUCAUUUUCAUUGUAAAUACUUUUAGGUUCUAUAUUGGCUGUGAUCUUUGUACUAACUGGUAUCAUGGAGAAUGUGUUGGCAUCACAGAAAAGGAGGCUAAGAAAAUGGAUGUGUACAUCUGUAAUGAGUGUAAACGGGCACAAGAGGGCAGCAGUGAGGAAUUAUACUGUAUCUGCAGAACACCUUAUGAUGAGUCACAGUGAGUUCUGACAAGAACCUCUUAUUUAAUAUAUAGGUAGCAAACUGCUCUGAGUUUGGUAAUGUGUUUCUUGAACAAAAAAGAAAUAUUGUUCCACAUAUGUUGUAUCUAGUGAUGUGACUUUUUAAAAAAAAUAUAUGAAAUGUUGCUCAAAAUGAUGAAUGUUUGACUUUCAGGAAAAGUGGGGUUUGCAGUAUUUCUAAUAAAACAAGUUAAUAUUCUAAAGCAGGCAAAUUUUACUGAUUUGUUACAACACAUUUCCUACAAAAUACAAUAGCUAGUAGGCGUUCCUAACUUACUGCAAUUAAAGUUAUGCUUUGUUUAAACUGAAUAUGGUACAGGUAUCUGAGUGGUAUUAAGUCUGUUAUGAGUACCCCUUUAAUGUGUUGCAGGACUCUGAAUUACCAUUUUUAAAUGAAUAUAGAUAUAUUAAAAAGUAGUUGGGCAAACUAUUACUUUUGGUAACACCUCUGUUUGCAAAUGCAAAAUGUAUGAUUUCUGGCUUCACUUUUGUUUCUUUCAGCUUUGCAAGUUGUUAUGGUCUGUAGAUAAUUCAAUUGCUUGAGAUUAAAUGUUGUUGAUGCUGGUAAUUUUUCUUCGAAACUACUUUUCAGAAAUUAGAUACUGCUUCUUUUAAUGGUAUUAUAAGAAGCUGUAUCUAAUUUUUGAAAAGUAGUUUUGAGUAAAUAGCUUUGCAAUUGUUACUAUAUGGCCUAUUACAUUUACAUGUUUUUUCAAUUGGAUUUGCGUAAUAUAGGCGUUCUGGUUGUUUUUGGUAAUUUUUCUUCACAAUUGAAUGCUGUUACAAUUAUUUCAGUAAACAUGUAGCUUGAUUAGCAUUUAUAGCGUGUUUCAUUUCAAAUUUGAGAGGCAAAAGUUCUUACUCGGUUUAGAUUACUGACCAGUGGAAUAUUUUCAUGAAAAGGUUAACUGGUUUUUUUGGGAUCUUGCAGAUUUUACAUUGGCUGUGACCGGUGUCAGAACUGGUAUCAUGGGCGUUGCGUUGGUAUUUUGCAAAGUGAGGCAGACCUCAUUGAUGAGUAUGUCUGUCCACAGUGUCAGUCAACUGAAGAUGCCAUGACAGUACUCAGUCCCUUGACUGAUAAAGAUUAUGAGGGGCUGAAGAGAGUGCUACGGUCAUUGCAGGUAAGGACCAGACUUGGUUCAUUUUAAUUUAGUCCCCCAGCAUAUUUAAUUUCGGUUCUAAUACAUCUUUUGGCAAUGGAAUUUCAUUAAAUGCAUGGAAUUGAAAAGCACUCUUGAGGACAUAAAACUCCCUCUGAAGUCAGAGCAGGCCACUUAGUAGGUAGCAAUUGCCCAAAAUUAUAAAUAUCUCCUCAUACAGUGGUGCCCCGCAAGACGAAUGCCUCGCAAGACGAAAAACUCGCUAGACGAAAGGGUUUUGCGUUUUUUGAGUCGUUCCGCAAGACAAAUUUCCCUAUGGGCUUGCUUCGCAAGACGAAAUGUCUUGCGAGUUCUUGCGAGUUUGUUUCCUUUUUCUUAAAGCCACUAAGCCGUUAAUAGCCGCUAAGCCGUUAAUAGCCGCUAAUAGCCGUGCUUCGCAAGACGAAAAAACCGCAAGACAAAGAGACUCGCGGAACAGAUUAAUUUCGUCUUGCGAGGCACCACUGUACAUCCCUUCCCAGACUCAAAGAGUUGGAUCCUGGUUUCUGCUUAGUGAUGCUCCACUGUAGGAAGGGGAAGACAAUUAUUGCAGAUUCUUGCAUCUCCCUUUGCUCCCAAGAAGCUGCUCAGAAACAGCAUGUGAGAUGGUGAGGGAUAAAGGGAAUCAGCAAAGAUAAUCUCUCCUCCCCCUUCUUCUUUAGCUGGAGCCUCUGCUGGUUCUGAGUAGCAUCAGUGAAUGGAAGGAGCCCAUUUGUCUGUGGAACAGCCAACAGUCGAUCCAGCCCACUAGACUUGGGCUGAAAUGGGGUUCAUAUUAAUGAAUGAAGUGGAUUUUGAACUGAAUAUCUCCUUUUCCUAACAGGCUCACAAGAUGGCAUGGCCAUUCCUAGAACCAGUAGAUCCCAAUGAUGCUCCAGAUUAUUACGGUGUUAUCAAAGAACCGAUGGGUAAGUGUAUUCCCAUGUGCAGUGCACAUAUGCUACCUUUCAUUGACAGAUCUGUUAUCCAGGAUAUGCUCAUCACACAUAAGGGUAGAUCCAAAGAAACAGUCUUGUUCAUGUAUACUUGGAAGUAUGUGCCAUUGCAUUCAGUGGGACUUACUGCCUAGUCACUGCAAAAAAUGGCAGCCAAAGAAAUUUUCAUACGGCUCUGUAGUUUACGACAGAGCAAAAUGAUGUAUUUAUUUAGAUCAUGGGUAGGCAAACUAAGGCUCGGGGGCCAGAUCCAGCCCAAUCGCCUUCUAAAUCUUGCCUGCAGACGGUCCGGGAAUCAGCAUGUUUUUACAUGAGUAGAAUGUGUGCUUUUAUUUAAAAUGCAUCUCUGGGUUAUUUGUGGGGCAUAGGAAUUCGUUCAUUCCCCCCCCCCCCGAAAAAUAUAGUCUGCCCCCCCCCCACAAGGUCUGACCGGCCCCCUGCUGAAAAAGUUUGCUGACCCCUGAUUUAGAUUCCUUAAAGAGAUUUGUAAAAAUAACAUCUGGGAUAUAGCAAUUUCUGAGUGUCUCACCAGACACAGGAGAGCAGUUAAAGGCACAACAAAGAGAGACACCUUCCAGGAAAUGUGGACCCCUUUCUUUAACUACUGUAUUUUUCACCCUAUAGGACGCACUUUCCCCCCUCCAAAAAUUAAGGGGAAAUGUGUGUGCGUCCUAUGGAGCGAAUGCAGGCUCUUUGGCUUCAGCGAUAGCAACGCGAAGCCUCCGAAGCGCAGAGGGAGAGCUCCCCCGCACUCCGGAGGUUUCGCGUUGCUUUCGCUGAAGGCCCCUGAGCGCAGCGUGAACUCCCACUGCGCUCCGGGGGCUUCGGGCAGCUAUCCGCAAGCCUUCAGAGCACAGCAGGAGUUCCCACCGCGCUCCAAAGGCUUGCGGAUAGCCACCUGAAGCCUGGAGAGCGAGAGGGGUCGGUGCACACCAAUCCCUCUUGCUCUCCAGGCUUCGCUUCGCUGGAGAGGCGCUGCACAGUUUUCCCUCUCUGCUCUGCGCCCCUUCAGCGAAGCGGGAGGAGAAAUGGAAGGGGCUCCGUUUCUCCUGCCGCUUCGCUGAGGGGGUGCUGAGCCGAGAGGGGGAGAUUUUUUUUCCCCUGUUCUCCCCCUCCUAUGGUCCGGUGCGUCCUAUAGAGCAAAAAAUAUGUUAUGAUAAUGAACAAAAUCAAGACUUUCUUAUACCAGCCAUUCAAUAUUCUCAGUGUAGCGGUUAUAUUAAGUGAUUAUGUUUGAGUGUUGAAUGUGUAAGUGCAUGUCUAGAGACAAUGGAUAAAACAUGCACCCUUCGAUGUACUGCUGGAUAAGUGUUUAAUGGUUAUUGUAUUUGUAUUUGUUUAAAAACCAAUUAAAAAUUGUUUAAAAAAGAGAGUUGUAUCCCACUUUUCUACUACAAGGGUCACCAUGGUGACUCACCAUAUGGUUUGAAAACAAAUACACACACACACACACACACACACACACAAAAUAAAAUUUCAAUGACAUUGUAAUAAAGCAUAACUAAGAAUUAGAAAACAGUGCAACAUGAAAGCCGUUUGUAAGUGUAGGGUACAAAGUUAGAAUAACCCCAAAUCCUGACAAAAUGAGGAUGUCUGGAUGUUUGCUAUAAAACACGGAGCCAACCAAACUUUGAGUGGAAGGGAUGUCCUCGUCCUUGAUGCCACCACCAAAUCAGGCCCUCUUCUGUGGCCCAGUCAGUGGUGUCUGUGAAGGCAGAAGAGCAAAGGUGACAGACAAUGUGAGAGAACAUGGUCUUUCAAAUAACCUGUCCCCAGUGCCUUAAAGUCUUCUAACAGAGAUCCUGACAUUAAGAACAAAAGAAGAGUCGUGCUGGGUCUGGCCAAAGGCCAGCAACAUGGUCUCACGGUGGCCAACCAGAAGCUUAUUGAAGGACCACUAGCAGGACAUCUGUGCGACAGCACUGUUAACUUAGAGUAAAGCAGUCUUAGUUACAUAGAUAAAUCUACAUCUGUGCUUGGCCUAGCUCUAAUGUCUGGCAGGUUGUGCCCUAAAUAAGUUAAAGUUCAUAUGCUAAUUCUAUAUUCUGAAUUAGGAAUAAAUUUGGUCCUACAUAAGCAUAUUUUAAUCUGAUUUCCUACUCAAACUGCAGGAUUCAACUAACAAGUCCCACUAGCAGAAGCCUGUGCAAGGACUUCCACUAGAGCAAGUUUUUAAUAAUAAUAAAAAAGCUUUGCAUAGUUUGUGAUAGCAAGUGUAUGUUGAGGAAAUACUGUUCACGUAGAAUUUGAGAAAUGUUUCUAUUUCCUGACUAUUAUUUAUCACUAUUUUCUUGUGACAAGAAGGUGUACGCGUACCCUCUUUCUCCUUUUCGCCGCUUUCAUUUCGUUCUUGGUUGUUACUAUGGCAGUUACAGAACUGGGUCCUUCAUCACAGUCUGCUCUUUGUGUGAUUGCAUGUGCAUUUCAGUGACAACUAAUUGAAGCAGUCAACCAAGGUUAUUAAUUGAAAUAGGGAGCAGUCAGCAGGAGUAGAUGAGCUGCAAAUUAAGCAUGUUUAUGUGCACUAAUUGCUUUGAGUGAUAAAAAAAUGAGGAAAGCCAAAGCUGAAAAUUAAGGGUAUAAAAACCAAGUGAUCUCCAUUAGGAAUGUCAGCGAGCUUAUUAAAUUCUCCACAGUGACUUCAUGGAUUUCUUAAAAAUCUGCAUAUUUGUAGCUAAUGAUAAUACAUUCCCCUCCCCUUCUCCAUCCUGUUCUCUACACCUUCCUAUUACUAACUGUUAUAAACUGUUGCUUUUCUUACUUGUUUUCAGUGUAUGAGAUGAAUUCUAUAGGUUACUGACAUCUUGUGUUUUUUUUUAUUUAAUUAAAAAAACACCUUUGUUUACUUUGAAGACCUUUCCACCAUGGAAGAAAGAAUACUGAAACGUUACUACAAGAAGGUGACCGAGUUUGUGGCUGACAUGACCAAAAUUUUUGAUAACUGUCGUUACUACAAUCCAAGUGAUUCCCCUUUUUAUCAGUGUGCAGAGGUUCUCGAAUCAUUCUUUGUACAGAAACUAAAAGGAUUCAAAGCAAGCAGGUAAGUAGCCAUUUCCCCCUUAGCACGCUUUUCUAUUAAAUGUUCUAUUAUCAUGUUUAUUGCUAACAAUUUAUAUGCUAUUAUAUGCAAUUUAUAUGCUAUUAAAUGUUCUAUUAUCAUGUUUAUUGCUAACAAUUUAUAUGCUCAACUUUUUAAAUGUCUGGUUCUCCCCGCACAUUUUGCUGUGAAAGUGAACCUUCAGCAGUGAACGUAGAACGAGUGCACGACUAGCUUAAGGUUUUGUCAAACCGAUUGUGCAAUCCUCGUGAAAUGGCAGAGCAGUUUUGUUUAAAUCAGAAAUGGUGUACGGUAUAAUGAGGAGGGUGUAAAAUUUGCAUAGCGCCUUUGAAUAUUGGGAGUGGCAGGCAAAAACCCUUUUUGGCUACCUAGGCAGAUUGUGCCCCCAAAGGUCUAUCAGCCUCGGGGUGUGUGCUCAGGAAUCGGUGGGACUUGCUUCCUGUCGAAAGUGCUAAAGAUUUUUCAUUUUAUAUUAAAAAUACUGUACAGCAGAACAAAGUACCUGCUGAUGAACUCUUCGGUUAUAAACCAAGGAGAUCUAAGGGCCCAACGUUGACUUAAUCGUACGCUUGGUUUCCCUCUAGUGAAGAAAUUCGUGGAGAGUGCCUGGUUCCAGGAGAAUGAGAGUCACUUUUAGUGGGGAAUGAGGGUGAUUCUCAGUGAUGUUGUCUGUGUCUGCUCCAGCCCUUCCCCUGUUGCUUUAAAGAUCAGUAGUGCAAAGGUUGAGAAGGUUGACUUCUGCCGCAGCACCGUUGCUCCCUGAUGCUUACUGUAUCUGUAGGUGCUCUUGCAUUUCAUUUGCGGUAGUUUUCCAGCAAGGCCAAAAUAAGGCAAUAGUAACAUGAGCGGAAAGCAGCAGUUGAGUUGACAUUCAUUCAGAUUGUCAUUAGUUUUGUCUCAUCCUUCAUUUUAUUACCAGCACUUACUGUGAUUCUCAUUGCUGCUUCAUUUACACCACCCAUGUUCUUUUUUUGCAGAUUGUGAUAACUUUAGUCUGACCUUUCUAACUGGAAUCAGAACUGGAUGUUUGGCUUAUUUUUCAUUGUACCCCAUGUCAUUAAAUCACUUUUUUAAAACAAAAACAGAUCCAUACUUGCUGUUCGCUUUUAAACUGCGCUUUAAUGUGGAAGCUGCCGUUGGCUAGCAGCUAUGUCAGAAAAUAAAAUGAUCCGUUCUUUGAAUACUGUGUCAAAAUGAAGUCCAGUAAUAGCAGUGGAAGCUAUGUAAUAAUCAGUUUUAAUAAAAAAAAAACUCCCAAAAGAGGUUUUGAUGAAUUCUAACCAAAAUGUGAUAUUUUAAAUUCAUGUUCUGCCAAUAAAUAUACUUUUCUCUAAACAUCUCCAAAAGCAAUGUAAAUUGGCUACAUAUAAUUAAUAUGUACCUCACUCUGAGUAUCAUGUGACAUUUCUGGAUUAUUAUUUUCAUAUUUCCAUUGAACAUCAUGUGCUUUUAUACACAACUGAAAGUGGUUAUGUAGAGAAAGGUUCUUUCUGUAUAUGCUGUUUGCCUUCGAAAGAUGAACGGGAACAGCAGCAUGGCUGCAUUUCCAGCUGAGUGACAGGCCCUUGGCAUCCACUUGAAACAACUGAGAUCUCUUUAAAUGAAGGGUGCUUAAUUGUUCCCCUUUUCUGCAUUCUGCAGGUCUCAUAACAACAAACUGCAGUCUACAACUUCUUAA